GUGCGUGCGUGUGCGUGUGUGUCUCUCUGUGUGUGUGUGUGUGAAACGAAGAGCCUCAAUUAAAACCAACAAGAGCAUUUUCCUUGGUGUUGGGCAGGGGCGGGCGUUUGCGUCAGAGGGCGCGCAGGGCGGGCGCGCGGGGCGGGGGCAGACGCGGGGGACCGCGCCCGGGGGCUGGGUGGCUCGGCACCAGCUAGUUUGGUCUGUCAGGGCUGAUGGGCUAAGGCCCUACCGGCAAGGGCAGGGCAAGGCCAGCUGAGCCUCUGACCCAGCAGUGGCGCCCACCACCACCGCUGUGGCCCCUCCCCGCUUCCAAAUUUGCAAAAGGCCCCUAGGACCCGGCGUCACCCUGCAUUGGGGAAGCGGGGCCUUCAAGGCCUCUGGAGAGACCACUGGCUCCUCUAGAAAGCAAGGCCACAGUACAGUCCUCAAUGCAAGCCCUAGGAGUGGGGGUGGGCAGCUAACGGUGGCGGGCUCUGAGCAGCCAAGCUCUUGGGGUUUCAGAGGGGAGCUGUAGUUGCUCCUUCGCGCGACUGAGCCCACUUGCUCGCCUGAGGGAGGCCUGGAAGAAAAUUAGACUUCGAGAGGAGGAAGCUGUCCCUUUCCGGUACUCGUUGGGUUCCAGGAACACUUGGCUCUCUCUCUUCGGGUCCUAUUGCCCCAGCCGCAGUGGCACACCCCCAGAGCGCCCCACUUGGGCCACAGCUCAGCCAUCAGGAUAAUGGCUUCACUGAAGGGACUUUGAGGGGUCAGCCCAGGUCCUGGACAGUUCUGGCUUUCUCUCUUCAAGCCUGUGGUUUAAUCUUGGUCCAAAUUGGCACAGUCGUUCUGGGCCCAAUUCAUCUCACACCCAAUCAAUAGAUAACGGUAUCUGUUGUUGGGCAGGACACCUAAUAGAAAAGUGAUCAUAUUUUUUAAGGGUACCCUAGUCUCCAAACUGUGAAAUUCCACACACAUUUCCAGGCAUGCUCAGUUGCAGGAGCAGAAAAAGCAGUAGCAAAUUGUACCCUUUUUUUCUACCUUCUUCUCUUCUCUAAAUUUCCAUCCUUACCCCACCCCAGAUCCGGAAAGAAAGUGAAACUGGACAUAGUUCUUGGACUCAGACCCAUAGUGGCCCUUGCUUUAGCACCAUAUCCUAGGCAGCCAGCCAGACCACUCCCCCACCACCUUGCCCUCUCCAAAGUUUCUCUCCUGGCUAGGCCAGUCUGGGCAGUAGCAGGACCUGGAGAUGGCCUGGGCUUCCAGAUUUUCUUUCUGGGAAUUCCCUUUGCGUUUCUAGUCUUUACAGACUUUGUCAGCACACAGGAUGUCUCCAGUGUGAAUCCCUCCAAAGGCGAGGAGGAGGUACCCUCCACUUAGGGAGAGGCCUUGUGCUGUAAGAUUACAAUACCUUUGUGGGCUGCUAGCAUCAUGGCUGGGCAUCAAUCACUUUUUGAAAGACCUACCACACAACACUUGAUCUCUCCUCUGGACAGCCAGCAAGUAGCUGUGAUCCGGUGGGAAAGGGAAAGAAGUAGAAAUCUGUGGCUGCAAACACAACACUGACUUGUGUUCCAGGCCCCAGAGCCUUGAUCGAAGCAGCCUUUUUAGCCCAUUAACACCCAGUCGCCCCUCCACAUCUUCCUUACAAGGAAGAAAUUAGUGAACCAUUCUUCACUAAUCCUGUGCCUCUUUGAUAUUGGUAUUUUGCGCUCCUGAAAGCCAUGGAUCAUUCAUUUUGGCUUUUGUGUAAGUCACACUGAACAAAGGUGGUUUUGUACAAUCAUUUUCUAAAUCUAGUCAACAAACCAUAGGACUCUGCAGAUGAACAGAUAUGUAUAGAAAAUUCUGUUGCAUACCUCCUCCUUACCCAUAAGUCGUUAAAAUGCUAUUAUUUUGUUUAAAGAGAGCAUAGGACAGAAACAAUUCUGAUUUAUCUAAGUUGUCACCAUGAUGAACAAGCCCAUGAUCACUGGGAAUGCGGUCAGUUCCUCUGAUGUUAACACAGACGUUUCCGGAAAAGUUUAUUUUAUAGAUAUUGAAUCAAUUAGCCUCCCUUAGCAUGAGAUUAAGGUGAGGAGUCAUAUAGUUGAAGGUACUUUUAAAAAUGGUCUUGCAUAGAUCUUUUAGAGGAAAGAUUAAGAAAGGCAAGAGAAUGUUCACUUAGAAUUUUGUGAUGCUAAAACCCAAACCAAAACACAGAUAAGGUUACAGUACAGCUUGCAAAACCUCCCUGCAUUUCUUGUGCUCCUGUCAGUCUGCACUGGGACUCAGGGCAGCUAUGGAAAGUUUUGCCUUUGUCAGAAUGAAAGCCAGCUUGGAGAGGCUGGGAGCUGGGCUUCUGUGUGACUGUGUGCUCUCAGCCUCCCCAUGUAGUUGAGUGACCCCUGGACCCUACUGCUCACUGCCGUUCUGCAGCCCAAGCAUUUCUUCUUUGUCACUUUUGGUUUGAAAAGCUCAGAGAUAAGUGCUUUACUAAAUAAGUGGGUUAGUUAUUGCUUUUUCUUUUCCUCCUUCCUCAAACUGGCCAUUUAAAACACAUGUUUUGGAAAAGAGCGAUAAGGGAGAACUUUCCUCAUAUCCUUGGGUUUCCAGUGAGAAGACUCAGGAGGAACAGCCACCUGAGAAGGCAGGACAGCAAGCACUGACCUUUGGGUGCAAAUCAAGCCUUUUUAGAGAAGCAAAAGUGACAAUCAUUCAUAGGAUAUUAGGAAAGCUAGAGUCAAAUAUAUGUGUGUGUGUGUGUGUGUAUAUAUAUAUAUAUAUAUAUAUAUAUAUAUAUAUAUGAAACCAAGUCUUGGCUUUCUAAAUGCACUUAUGCAAAAGUAAAGAAAACUGGAGACCUUUAUGUUACAAAAUAUAUUUCUUUAGCUUAAAUGUCCAAUAUGAGUGAAGAAUAAUGGCAUAGCUAUUCUUCCUAAGGAAAAUGGGUUGGGUUUGGAUGAAAAAUUGAAGUUUUGAAGUGAGUUUGAAGGUUGUUUGAGUACCCUGACAAUAAAAUCAACUGCACUAUACAAUCAUUUCCCUUAAUAGUUACCUGUCAGAGCACUUACUUCUUUUACUACAGGAUUAGUCCAUCAGAAGUAGACCUGAGUUGGGCGUUUCACGGACUAAAGACUGCUAGAAGUGUUUUAAGUCUUUAAUGUCCCGUCCCUCACUGCUUAUGACAUAAACUGGCUGGAAAUUUUUGGCUGGAAGAGCCUGCAGAUCUGCUGAUAGCUACAGUUAUACUGUGAUUAUAUUUACCUAUUAGUGUGUUGAUCUAAAUAGCACACCUAACAUUUUCUUCUGAACUGUCAGUGGAAAGAUAUGUUUAUUACAGUGUCCUCCAUCACUGAAGAGAGAGCUUUGGGCAAAGCUUAAAUGAAAAGGAAUGAGCAUAGUACACCACUGAUACAAACUACACAGGAACAGUAAAUAAUUACGCCCUUUGCUAUGCUGUGGACAUUUUAUUUACCCAUUUCAGAGGUGGAAAAUGAAUGUACCUCAUCUAUGGGAGGAGUUAAUAAAGUAUUCCAGAUGCAUGAUUUAACAAAACUCAGGGAUAGUUCUAUGUUUUAUUGUUAACCCCUUGCAUGAAAUCUUCUGAAGCUGAAAAUCGAAAGGAAAGGCUUUUGUGUCAGUUGACCCUUGGCUAUUCUAGGGCUCAGGUUGGUGUGAAAGGGAUGAGGAGGUCACUUGAAAUCUCCUUUUCUCUACUCUUAUUUUCUCUCUGGAUCAGCAACUUUGAAUAGACAUCAUCUAAUCGCUCUUAAUGGAAAGAAACUAUGGGAGCAACAAAAAUGCCUUUACUCUAGAAGCAGGCACAUGUGUGCGGACAGCUAGGGAGCCUGCAUAGCACCGUGCCUGGGGAUUUUUCAGCACGAGUGACUGUACAUAUAUAAAUAUUUCUCAGGAUUUCUCGAUGGGAUGGGUGGGUGAUUUUGCACUUUAUGCAUGAGUGUGUUUACAUAGCUACAUUCAUAUUCUCUACCAAGUCCAGGUGGUAUCUGGCUGAUGUUUUCUUCACCUGUUCUUGUCCUCUCACUUUCUGGCCAUGUUUAAGUGCUAGGGAACAGCAACAACAAAAAAGCAAAUAAGUGAAGACGAAAUGCAUAGCCUUUUGGAGAAGUCAUAUUAUUUCCUUUCUGUUUUCAACUGGAAGUCACACGUGAGGGUUUCUCUUCAGAGAGUAAAGAUGAUGAGGCGGUUGGGAGGUAACAGGGUAAGAUGAGACCUUUAUCUUCUAUUUCCCUCUAAGAUCCCCCCCUUUUGAAUUAAAUUAGUUAAAACACAAAAAGUAAGCAGAAAAUGAGGGCCUAACAUGGAGCGAUUUAAAAGGUUUUAUUUUUUGCUCUAGAUCUUAUCUCUAAACCCUUGAAGCUGAGCAAUUAAUUAUAAUUUGGUUUGAAAAUAGAUUAUUUUACUAAGUCUUGUGCUGACUACACAUCAUUCAAGUUGUCUUGCUGAGCAUUGCUGCAUUUAUUUUAAAAAAGAAAUGUGGGUAUUAAAUAUGAAUGGGUACCCAGGAAAACGAUAUUUGAUUUCUAGGACUAGAACUGUGCUGAGCUUUACCUCCUACCCUGCCACGUUCUUCUGAGUAAAAUUCACAUUGCUCCCAGAGCCUGGGACACUUUGCUAUAAAUUCCUUUAAGGAAAUACUUGGUUACCAGGGUUACACGUUCUCAUCUCAGCCUGUCAGCCCCUCUGCCCCCAGAUUCCAGAUCUCUUGGCUAAGGCUGGGACCUUGAGCCCCCCCACCCUACCCCAGCAUGCGGGAAAAUCUCAGUUCCAGUUAGAGGAUGGGUGGGGGAGGAUUAAUCCCUCUUUAACUCCUCUCCUUCCCGCCCUCAAUUCUGAACCCCAACUGAUAUAUUUCCUAAUGAAUAGGCACAUAGGAGCCGCCCUGUCCAAUAAAGAUUAAAUUAAGUAGAAGAAUCCCAGCCACUGGAUAUUUGGAAGCUCCGGUGGGGCGUCAAACCGACGUUUAGCACAUUUUUUCCACUCACUGUGCACAAAUUCUGGACCUGUUGGGAUUAACUCAGGAAGAAAGGAAGGAAGGAAAGAAGGAAGAAAGAAAGGAGAUAGAGAGACAGAGAGAGAGAGAGACAGAGAGAGAGAGAGAGAGAGAGAGAGAGAGAGAGAGAGAGAGAUCUGGGGAAAUGUGGCAUUCUGCUCGGAGCAACAGAAGGCAGGAGCAGGGCUUCCUGACCUAUUUUGCGCCCCCCCCCAAACCACUGCCCUGAGAAUUGGAGGCUCGCUCUUCCAGCCAGGGUUCAGAGCUGCCAGGGUGUCGUUUGUGUCUGUCCCUUAGGAACAGUAGGGUGGCCCCAGGUUAUGAGUGGGUACAAGGCUAGAGGAGCUUUCAGAACCCAAGUGCUUUCUUUGUGGUGGUUUCUUUUAAAUAAAGGUUCUGGCAGCAUAAACUGAGCAAUUUCUUCUGCUUUUUGCCUAGCAAGAAAAACAAAGUCUCCCUCCGCUGUUGGUGGUCAGUGCGCUGGACACUGACCUUGAAGCGGAGGUAUGAUAUGGUCCCUCCUCCCCUGGAGACAUCCUGGCCCCCAAAUCUCAGCUAUCUACUCCCACCUGCUCCCCUAGUCCCUGGGCACACUCUGGAGAGGCAAAAGGCAAGUCCCUUCGUGGUGAAGGCUUGUCCAAGCAAAUAGAAGACUGAAUAAAUUAACCUCAAACCAGCUAGUUGGGGUGUAGUAGUUUAGCAGGACUAAUUGCAGACGAUGUAGCUGAAAUGACUUUUCCAAUUAGCUGCUGGUUGGAGUUUAGUUGGAGGAACUGUCAGCUCCAACGAUGGGUAAUUGCUUUAUUGCUCACAAAACUAUCAUCUAUUUAGAACAUAUGUGCUAAUUACUCUGGAUGGGCGUCGAAAAAGAGACCAUAAAUCUAAUAGCACUUAAAAAACUCUAUGGUGCUUGUAAGCAACGCCAGUGCCUUGCCCAGUAUCUCCCAGCCAGGUCGGUGUGAUAGAUGGUUGUCUUUCAGGAAAGCGAAGGUUGGGCGGGGAAGGCACCCUGGGGAGGUUCCGGUCCAGUCGGGUGCUGAGAGCUGACGCCCUGCGAGCUUCCCUGAGGGGAUAAAUCACUGUCAUCGCAAGCAGUCCUAUCUUUAACUGCGCACUUGUUUUUUUUUUUUCCCUCAUCUUCGAAAAAGACUACUUUAGAAAUCUUUUAAUUGGAUUAUGCUGGGAAAUUAAUCUCCUUUCGCCUUGGCUAAAUUUAUUGUGGCCAAUGUCAGCAGUAGAGCCCUGUAAUGGCAGUGAGGGCCCUGGCCCCCUUUUUCCUUCCUUCCUUCAGGCUCCAGAAUCUCCCAACUUCAAGUCCUCCAGAGUGGCUGUGGUAGGAGAGGUGGAAAGCCACGUCUGGCUAAUGGCCCCAGAGGGCCUGAGUGCACCUCCUUUGUCCUAGGCUUCACCCCCAGCUCUCUAGCUCCACACCCAGCAUCUCCACACGACCCCACCUUUAGCCCCCAGUAGUUCUGGGUUCCGAGACUCUGCUGCUGAGGGGUUAGGAAGAGGAGGAUUGUCGGCCAGACUCCACAGUUCGCCCUUUUCUCCCCGUGCCUUCUCCCUCUGGUCUCCCAGCAGGAGCGAGGCCUCAAGGACAUUCCAAGUUUGUGCGCAAAAAACGCACAGCCUUCUUUUGGCGUCCUCUCUAGCAUAACUGGAGGGACACUUCCCACUGGAGUGCAGAGAGCUUAGGCUGAGGCUGGGACAGGGCCCUGUCAAUCCUCCUGAUGCCUCGAGCACCAGCCCAGCGUCAGGCAGCGGCCUCUCUCCCAGUCCCGCUCCCCGCGCCGGCAGCCUGGUGCCACGCGGUUCCAGCUGUCUCUGGAAGCCAGGGUCGGGCCCUGUUGGCCUGGCUUCUCAGCGGGAGAUAGCAACAUCUGCCUGAAAUGGGACACCUACUUUUGCAGCUCAAUUUAGCUCUUAAUAGCAGUCCUCUGAGGUGUGGUUAAUUGAUGGGGAUAAAGGCGUAAUGACUUGACGGGGAGAUGCCAAUGAUCCCCUAAUAUACUUUUAAAAGAACAACAGUCACCUCAAACACCGCGAAUCCUUCCUCGGUGGGAGGUGUAGGUAAGGGAAAGGCAGGGAUCUGACACUUGGGCAAACAGCACUCGUGCUGUUGAUCGCUGCAGGGGUCAGAGCGAGGUGAGCCCAGCUCUCAGGGCCUGGGCAAUUGGGAGCCACCAGAGCACGCAGGGCGGGCUGACCAGGGAUUUUUCGGUAUAUGCAGGGAGGGACCUGGAACCGGCUGAGCUAGGACUGGCAAAUGACCUGGCCGACUGACCAGAAGGUGCCCUGAGCUAAGGAAGAUGCUCUACCAUUUUAUCCGGCCUCUCCUGCGCCGGUCCACAAGGCCCGCCUCCCGGACCAGAGCUCCUCUCGUUGCCUAUCCGGAGCGAAAGGGCCAAGUGGCCGCGCUCCGCAGUGGGGUCCAAGCGCCAGGAAUGGCAGCACGUAUGUCUUUGAGAGUGCACUAUGUGUGCUCGCGAAAACCGUCCCCAGAAGCGCAGCUGGACCACAGCAGCCUUGAGCACGUGGCCGACUUUGGGCAGGGUCUGCCGGGAACCCUGGGGCCCAUCAAACUGGGAUUUACCUGCGCUGGCGCAGGGGUCUGCACCACCCCUUCAUAGAGUCCUCCUGGUUCUCCCCUUUGCACCUUUCCUGUCUCUGGCCUGGUUUCCCUUUGCUCAGUUCUAAUUGAGUCUCCAGAGGGUCAAAGGAAUGUUUUAUUGGGCUUAGGCACAGUAUUUAAAACAAGCACAGAAAAGCAAAGAAAAACUGAUCGCCUGUCUGGUGGGUGAGGGCAACCCUGCAGCAUACAGGCAGUGGAGACCCUGAAGUUAUUUUAUGCUUUGGAGAAGGGUUAUCUUAGUGCUUCAGGUUUUGGCUCCCUCCGGAAGUGGAAGGAAAAAUGGCCCCAGUUCCCGCCCAUAUUUCACUGCAUUGAGAGAUCGCAGGUUUUAGGGCUGCAGCUAUUGUCUACCUUUCUCCUGCAGCCUACAUCACAGGGAUGAAAGCGUCCUAGGAAACUUAAUCGCCCCAAACCCUCUUGCAGAGGAGCAGACGUCUUUGCCAGGUGGGAGAGCUUCGAGACCGAGGGAUUGAAGACAUGCAGUUAAGAGUCUCAAGGCCAAGAGUGGGCUUACCUCGGUGUGGUUACUUCCCUCAUUCUGCUAACUCCGUGUGCUUCUGCCCUGGGUGGGUUUCUAGGAAAUCAAACCUACUGUUGCUUAGCGAUUGAGCUCCUGACUCCUUUGCGGUCCCAGGCCAUCAAGGUUCAGGGGUGUUGCAUGGUCCUCGUGCCCCUCAGAGGCAGGGACAAGGCCCCAAAUCCGAAUUUGUUCUCUGAUUUACUAGAGUGGAGCCAGGGACCUGCGGGCAGGUUCCCCUGGUAACGUAGGCAGAGGUUUCCCUGAAAGGCAGAACGCCUAGGGUCACCGAGGUCCCCAGGAGUCCACCUGCGACCUCCAUGCGCACGGCUCUGGCGCUGUGGGCUCCCGGGGCAGCGUUGGCCCUAAUUCCAGGCCUAUCCCGCUACUAGAUAGGGGGAUACACUACACUUUGCAUCCCUCACUUCACAGAGGUGCUUCCUUGCCAAGGAAUUCUUCAACUCAGAAUAAGGAUCUCUGGCGGGACCCUUCCGCUCUCUCCCCAGGAGCGCAUGAACUGCGACCCGAGCAUCGCACGGCUCGAGCAGCCUCUGUUGGCGAGGCCCAGGUCCAGGCGCACAGCCUGGCGCGCGGGGUGAUGGCCCGGUGCUCGACCCAGGUGCAACGCCCGGGGCUGCAGAGGGACCCCGGCGGCGGGGGACAUUAUCAGACAGCAGGAGGCCGCGCAUUUGCCAGCUCUGAAGGGCAGCACUCAGCGGGCGCGCGGUGGUGACAAAGCGGAGCCUGCGCAGGAGACUCAAGAAGGAAACCAGGCCCGGCCGUGGGGUGGCGCACGCUUCCCGAACCCCAGGCCAGGGCCCCGGGUCGGCGCUGGCACUGUGCAUGCCCCGGGAUCAGCACCGCAAAGCUGUCGGAAAAGGGCCCGGCGGGGUGUGAACCCCCUACCCCUCCGCCCAGCUCUGUAGGGAUCUGGGACCCACAGUUCAACGAAGCCGCUUUCGCGCGUCCUCCCCGCUGCGCCCCGGGGCCUCUCACCUCUGGCGGUGGGGGCGAUGGGACGGUUUGCUAGGUCUUGGGCAGCCAGUCUUUUUCAGGCACUGGGUUGGAAGGGGUAGGAAGUAAGGCCUGGCACUGGGCUGGAGGAUCUUCAACCUGAGUUUUUUGCUUUUACUGUUUUAAGAAGCCGGAAAAGCCAAUGAGAAUUCACUUUGGGGACUUUGAGGCUUAAUUAAAAAAAAAAAAUCAUCUACAAGCACAGGAAAGCUGUUGUGUUGUCCACUAAAAUUUAAAAAAAAUCUUGGAAGAUCUACCGUAUCUCAAGAAUUUUCCCAGAGACUUAUUUACAAUCUCUCAAGUUAGAAGAGUUGGUAUGUACAGCACCACCUACACUGCACAGUAUCUCCCUGCAGACGGGGCUGGAGGGGCGGAAAUACCAUCACCUCUCAGCACUGAUUGCCAGGAACCGGUGCUCCAGAUGUUGCGCUGGAGACGCCUCCAGUGUGAGCAGGUAAAGUGAAGAGUGACAUCGUUAACAGAAAGCAUCUAAUUAACAAUGACUUCAUUUGAUUGAAGGGAUGAAGAAGGCUUUUUAAAUCAAUCCAGAUUCACUGGCCUAAGCUCGGCCAAUUUAUGAAUAUGGAGCCCGACCGGGUCUGCUUUCUCUCAAAGAUGUCAUCUCAGAGGUAAUAGCAUAGGUGAAGUCAUUUGGUUACACCGUGGAAACUUUUAUAGGGCCUUCCUUGGGAAUUUAAUUCAGGGCUUCUUCAUUUUAUUAGGAACAGACUGACUCCAUCAACGGGGCUGUCCCUUUUCAGAGGCAGGACUGCUUGAAGCAAUUAGGUUCACCAAUUAGCAUAGUUUUACUGACCCCAGCAGCAGCUCGGAUCUUUACAUUAUCCAUUCUUCAAAGUCAGGGAGAGACCUGCGCAACGUGCUUCCCAGGCGGCCAGGCUGGGGGAAUAAACAGCGCACAGUACAAAGGUUUCUAGCACGUCGGAGGGUAUUUUUGCACCCUUCUGAUCCCUAUAGGAUCACCAUACAAGGCACACAUGUAAACUCCUUUGGUUGUAUUUUGGCGGAAUUUCUUUUAAGGAAAUAACUUUUCUCACUUUGCUUCUGACCUGUGUCCUAUAGUGAUCCUAUAGAAAGUGUUACAGUUCAGAGAGAAGUCACUGGUGAGCUCUCAGAAACCCUGUUGGGUGACCGGGUAAAGGGUCAAGCCUGCCCACCUAUGGGUACCUCAACACCUGUGAGAAGAAACCAGAGGUGUAUAGGGAAAUAUGUCAUUUUUCUCAAUUUUGAAGGUGCACCUACAGAUUUAUGCUCCAGUACUUCACUGUAAGCUCUAUCAGCCAGUGACGGAUAUCUUUAGUAAAGGAGAAUGGCUGAUAAGAGAAGAAAAGCCCAAGUUCAAGUCCAGCUUGGGUAUGCAACUUAUGAACAGCAAGAACCUGUUCAAAACCCAAACAAACAAGCAAGAAAACAACAGCAAAAGCCGCCACCACCACCAAAACCUCAGCAAGUCUGGAUCCCAAAGCAGUCUGGGAAAGAGGUUUUGCUUUGGCCACUGUCUUGGAUAGUGAAAUUUACAUGGCUAUGUCCCUCUCUGUCCCCUAAUGUAUAUAUAUUUCUCUGUAAGAUUUCACUAAAUUAAAUGGCUGACAGUUCAUCAGUAGCAGCAACAAUGUAAUUCCCCUAACCUUAUUAAAUCAAUAAAUACUAGAUUCAUGCAUUGAAUUAAAAAUGCACCAGCAUGGCCAGGAAUUGCAAUCGCAUGGCUGCAGACUUUGGAAUCCAAGGUGCCACUCAGAAAUGGUUAGCAUUUAUUUUAAUCUCUUCUUCUAUUUCAGGUCUAUUUAGAUAUUCUGGGAUUUUCACAUUUUAGGGACUAUUGUGAUAGUUUUCUAAAAACUAAUUCUUCACUUUUAACUCUAGAAGUGAGGCAUGCAUUGAACAAAAGUAAUGCACCUUGACUUUAUAGUUCUUGUUAUUAAUUUUCAUCUAGGGACUAUUCUUCUGCUUAAAAUGUCUUCUUCUAGUAAGACAUAGGUGCAAACAUUUCCACAUAGUAUAAAUAAGUUCACAUGUAAUGCUUUGUACAAGUAUAAACAAAUAUAUACACUUAAUGUGAGUAUUGUAUGUUGUUUUACAUUGGUUAUCAGUUUACUUAAAAAUCACAUUUAAUUUAUCUUUUAGCACUCUCAAUUAUGUCAUAAACCAAAUAAUUACUUAUCACUUGCAAACUAGCUAUUUAUAAACUGGUCUUCUAGUUGAGAUUUAUAGCACAAGAAAUGAAAUUUAAAAAUUCAAGUAUUUAAACUACAUAAUAUCUAGGACAUAUGUAUAUCUCAAAUGUUACAUUGUGUGUGUGUGUGUGUGUGUGUGUGUGAAUAGAUACCUCAAAUGCAGUUUUCCAGGAGUUAUUUAAAUUGUAUAUUAGUAGGUGAAAUUAUCAUUAGUUGCCACUGAAAAAAGGGAAAUGUAUAAUUCCUGAAAGUUUGACACAAAAAAUAAUAUUGCUCUAUCCAUUUAUUUGAUGAAUUAAUGAUGUUAAUUUAUUUAAAAAAUUCAUUCCUUAUUGAUGUCAGCCAGCAAAUAUUGUACUGAAUUCUCUAGAUAUAGUCAUUGGCCCUUGGGUUCACCACACUGUAGAAGAAAAAUCUUUAUUUGACAAAAUAGGCAAUCAACUGAAAUCUAUCCGCUUUAAAUAAACUGAUUCUUCAGUAUUUUCCCAGUGUUGGUGUAAGUUGUUGUCUGUGAUGUCCCCCAGGGCUCUUCCCUCUGCUCCCUGAUUUGGUAUAUAAAAGCAGCUCUGAAUGAUGGAUUACUGUGUCAUUGCAGCCAGGGAAGGAUUAAUUUGUUUCAUUGAUUUCUCUUUAGGCAGAUUGCCAGAAUUUGCUGCUUCCCACCUUUCUUCAAGACUUCUAGAAGUAAUAGACAGUAAUGGCCUAAGACAAAUCAGCUCCUUCUUGUAAAAACAGAAUCAGGAAGCUAAGAGUCCUAGGAAAGCCAUGGAAAACUUUUUGUUUGCACACCAGGGAGAGAGCAAUUAAUAAACUACUUCUCUGCUUUAGAAAUAUUUUUAAUUGAAAUAUUUCUGAAAUCGAUGGUACAUAAAACCACAUACUAGUAGGUUGUAAGUAAGCAUUUAUUAUGCUCAUCUCAUAAAAACAUUUCCUAAUUUGCAAGGAUCUUAUUUAACAAGGAGAAGAAUGUAUAAUCCAUGUGAUUGACAAAUCUUUUCUAUUUUGUUCUAAAUUUUGGGGUCAAAUAAUAUUUCCACAGAGCUUUGAGUCAGUUUACCUGUAUCUAUAGGAGUACUUGAACCAGAGAAUUUUAAGAAACUUUGGACAGUGAUCAGGAGUAUCUAAACAUAGAAAUUUAACUAUUUAAAAGCAAAUAGCUUUCUGAUUAAAAAAAUGGCAUCUCCUCACAAGAGAAUUUUUAAAAAUUAGAAAUGAUUUUUUGUCUAUUUUUCUAAACUUUUUUUCUAAGAAUUCAACGUAAUAUAAAAGCUAUCAUUAAAUAUAUACAUUUUUUUCCGGUGCUAGGUAUUGAACCCAAUGUCUUGUGCAUGUGGGGGCCAUUCCUCAACAUACAGCUGUAACCCAUGCCCCAACUGUAUGUUGUUUCAGUGUAUAUAUUUAAUCACUUUCUACAUUAAAAUACAUUUGUAAUUUUUAUUAAUAUACAGUUGUGAUGAAUAAUGCUUUAAAUCUUUUAUUGUUUCUAUGCUUAUUAUCUUUAAUAUAUUAUUAGAAAUUAUGUGGGCAGAAAGUAAAGAUUAUUUUUGAAGAUUCUUUAUAUUGCUUGCCUAAUUUUUUUCCAGAAAGGUUGUAUAAAUACAUACUGGUAAAUAAAAAAUUUUCCUCGGUAGAGGCAGCAUUCUGAUUUAUGUGACUGAAGCAAAGAGAACUGAGCAACACUCUUUUCCUUGUAUUCUGUAAGCGGCAGUAGCGUUUUGCAUAUACUUAGUGUCUCAGAAGUAUUUCCCCAAACUGCAGAUGUGAAAUAGGCUGGUUAUACAAGUCUAUUUGUUUCCCUUCUGUAGUGCUGAAAAUUAUAUUGAUUUAAUGAUCUCAAGUUAUACUUUUUAUGCAAUUAGUUGUGUAGUAAAAACUAAUAUUGUCAUGUGCUAAUGUCUUUUUUUCCUCUCUAUUGUGCUACGGUAGUUGUCCAUGCAAUAUCAGCAAGUUUGUGCUUUUCUUGUGCUUUGCUGAAAGGAAAAAGGAACAUCUGUUUCCAUUAUAUAUCUGUAUCAUAAUGAUAACAAUUAAAUAGCUAUUAUGGUAGUAUAUAGUAAAUAUAUUUUGCUGAAUGACCUAUAGAGAUAUCGGAAGCAUUUAGAUUUUGCAGGUAGAUACUCUGUAGAGGUUUAGAAAGUCCUUUGCUUUCUUGAGUAAAUUACUGCAGUUCUUAUUUAUCUCAGGAAAAACAAACAACAUGAUUAAACACUAGGCUCUCAGAUCUGACUCUUGAAUAUGUUUCUCUCAGGCGUAUGUCUAGAGUACGAAUUAUUCGACACCUCUCUCAGUAGUGUUAAGUGGGUUUAUCAUGCUAUUAAGCACACUGUUUAUUUUGUGUUUCAUGCCAUUUGUGUAGUUUUUGUGUUUUGCUGAAUUGGGAGAUGGGAAACAGAGUAUAUUUUAUUUUUUCCCCUAGAUUAGAGGAACAGUGGUAUUUAUUUUUUUUAAUGUGGUGCGAAGAUUGAAGCCAUGGUCUUCACAUACUGAGUACACAUUUUCCUACUGAACUGCUUCCCCAGCCUCAAUAUUUACCUUUUAAACUUAGCGGGAGAAUGUUUGUAACCACACACAACUUUUUUCAUUGAUGUUUACAAUUCUGGGGAAAUAGUUCCAUUUAUUUUAGCUUUUGGUUAAAGAUGUUUUGGUGUUUUAUUAGAAAGCUGAUUAGAGUUUUAUAUAUUAUCAGACAGUUUUAUAUAUAUUAUAAAAUGAUUGCAUAUAUUAUAAGAUGAUUAUAUAUAUAUUACAAAAAUAUCCAUGUAUCACAAACCCAGUUUGAGAAAUAAAGUGUAACCACUAAAACUGAAUCCUGAUGGCUUCUUGAAGAGAUAACCAUCAUCUUAAAUUUUAUAUUUAUCAUACCUUUUAUCUUUUAGGUACUUUUUAAAAACAUAGCCUAAAAUUUGACCUACAUGACUUUUUAAAAUAAGUGGAUUUUUAAAUGUCAAAAUUAUGAAUGCUGUUUGAAUUCUUUUAUUCUAAUCACCUAUACCUGGGCAUGAUUCUCUGUUUUACGUGAAGAUAAUUUUUGAUUUCUUUCUAGCCAUAAUUAAAAUUUUUACUACUUCUUGGUUUUCUACAUGAAACACAAUGAAAACAAAUUAAAGGCAAAGACCCACAGAGGUGAGGUAACUUAGCGAGACCAAAUAAUAAGUCACAGAGUUGCGAAUAAAAGCCAGUUCCGUAGACAUUGGUGCAGGCACUCUUUGCUUCACUCCACGGUGCCUAUCAUCCCUGAUGAUUCAAUGUGUGUGUGUGUGUGUGUUUGUGUGUGUAUGUGUGUGUGUGUGUGUGUGUGUGUGUGUGUGUGUGUAAGGUGAUACCCAGGGCCUACAGCCUAGGCAAGUGCUCUACCUGUGGUUGAGCUACAUCCCCACUCUGGAGAUUGUUCUUAAGGAUAAACAGAACCAGAGAAAGGGAGGGGAGGAAGAAGGUGAAAGAAGGAGAAGAAGAAAAAAAGCGAUUUUUUUUCCCUCUCAGAACACUUUUUUUUUUGUUUUUUCCUGACAGGGUCUCACUGUGCAGUUCAGACUGCCUUGAGCUCACUUCAUAGCCCAGGCUGGUCUUGAACUCACAGCAAUCCUCCUGCCUCAGCCUCCCAAGUGCUGGGAUUACAGGCAUGAGCCACCAUGCCUGGCUAUCAGAGCAUGUUUUUUGAGGGGGAAAACAAUGAAUCUAUGUCAUCCUGGAAGCUUCUUAUAGGAUGAGAAGACAACAUGUUCCCAGGAGUCUGUGACCAUUCUGCUGUUUUUGGACUUUUCUGGAAAGAAUGGUGGUUGGAUAUAAUAUGGCUUUCAAUAAGGUCUUCACCUCCUUAAGGGGGCAGUAGAUGUGCAUCAUGGCAUUCAGCAGAGGUUCUCAGCAGUUCUGUUGAGAUUUCCUGAUCUCUACUUGCAAGAGGAUCCUCCGAGCUUCAUCUUGGUGGCACCUGUCAUCCUUGAUGUAAGCUAUUGUUCAGCAGGGAGCUUUGGCAAGAGAAUUGGCUGGAUCAACAAGUCUAUUUUCACCAUAGAAAAACAAUUUGAAGCUCAUCUUUAUUGAUGGUCUUUUGUAUUUCCAUAGAAAUUUGGUAUCAUCUGGUCAAAUUCUGCCAAAAGUCACUGAGGUUUUGAUAAAAUCAAUGAACCAAUCAGGGGAAAGUACCCUUCAUAAUAAUGUCAACUUUCUCCUCUGUGAAACUGGUGUCUGACUUUCUUUUGAAGGCUUGCCAGAAGAAUCUCGUCAUUGACUAAUCUACAAAGGUCUCCUUGGAGUUCUUGUGAUGCUGACCUGCCUGAAUCACCAAAAUGAUCAAAGCAUCAGCCUUGGGGAUUAAUUCAAACAUACUGGAGAUAAUGGAUUUAAUAAAGUACUUCUUCAGGAAGAUGAAUACUGCCAAGGUGAAGAGGGGAAGUCAAUCCUAAGAGACAUUUGUUCAGGUAGUAGGAUUCUCCAGAGAAGCAGAACCCAGGGGAUCUACCCGUCUAUUGAGCCCUGUCUCUCUGUGAAGAUGUUUAUUCUGAGGGGUUGACUGGGAGGCUGCUCUGUGGUCUGCUGCCUGCAACCUGGAGCUCUAGGAAAACUGUGGUGUAUUUGCACUCCUUGUCUGAAUGCCUGGAGGAGCUGAUGGUGUGAAUCUUAGUCAAAAUGACGGGAGAUGCUGUCAUAGCUCAGUCCGACAGACAGGACACAACUGUGACAGUUCUUCCUUCCUCUGCCUCCUUAGGCCCUCAGUAGACUGGGUGCUGCCCAACGGCACUGGGAAGUGUGAUGUCCUCUACUAAAUCCACCGCUUGAAAUCCUUGUGUCACCCAGAGUCUCCCUCACGGAUAAACACAGAAGCAGUGUUUAAUCUAAGCACCUUGUGGCCACUCAAGGUGACAUGUAGAAUUAUCCCUCACAUUAAUUUAAAUUCUAUGUGUGCUUUAUGAAAAGUGAUAGAGGUCAGGAAUGUUUCCAUCAUUUGGCCACAAAAUAAAUGAAAGACUAAGUGAUAAUUAUUGUCAUUUUGUGCCAUUUGUACCACAACUCAAAGUAACUUAACCUCAGAGCCUCUCCAUUUAAUAAGCCAUGCAGGUCAGUCAGAAUAAAUCAUAAACAAUCAGACUUCUUGCCUCUCAUCUGAACAUCUCUGUCACACAGUGAGGGAUGUAACUAAAAUUGUGUGCAUGAGUAACGGAGAGAAACUCAACUUUCGCAUUUUGCAUUUUCUGGCUUUAUGAUAAUUUUGGGAGAAAACUGAAUGCAUGGAGGUCUCUGGCUGGAGUUACAAGUGGGAGCAUUGUAUUUGCCUUUCUUUACAAGGUUUUCAAUACUUACAGAAUGAAACAUAAGUAUACGUUAGGACUGUGUACAUAUUUUGGAUUUUUGUAUCCACAAGCAUGCAGCUUGUAUAUCAAAUCAGUAUUUUAUCAGGAGUCUUGGGAUAUCCACAAGGGAACAGUUUGAGGAUUUUAAAUGUUGGCUGUAAGACCCAUUGAAAAUCCCCACUGCUGGUAGGAAAUCUCUCUGAAAAAUAUGCUUCUUUCAGAGCUGUGGUCACUGACUGACCAUGUCAUUUGCAUUCUUCUUUCUUCCCGUCUUCCACGGACAGCUAGUGGAGUCAAACAGAAGUAAGGGAAUCUGGAUUCCUGGCAAGUAGGCUUUUGAUGCUUUGAUUUAAAAGGAAUGAUUAUUGUCAACUUUUUUAGUAUGUAGUUGAAAGAAGAAAUUAAUCUCAAUUGAAAGUUUCAAACUUUGCAAAUACCCAGGGGACUUAGAGAUUCUGUCGUUCAUUAUAUACAAAUGGAAGAUGCUAACGUAAAUGGGACACAGAAAGUUAAUGUAAACUGAUACUAGAAAGUUAAUAGGAACUUUCAUAACCCUGGUCCAGUAUUUUAAUCUAUUUUCAAUUCUUCUAAUGUAUCCAUAAGAUACACUCACAAUUCUAUCCAUUGGUAAAUUUUAGAAUCAAAGUAAAACAAUUCAUUUUUGGAAAUGUGUAUAGACCUUUGAAAAUUAACUGUAGGAACAUAAAUUAGACACCCUACAAGCAUAUCAUGUUACAUUUUCUUCUGUGCUGUGUGCUUUGCUCAAAGCCUAGUAUGUUCAAGACUGCACAUUAGACAGUGGAUGCUCUGUGUUAGUUCCACAGGUGUGAUAAAGAGUCAAAGCUUGUUUACUUCCAGAAGAGUACUUAAAUAUUUACAUGGGGAAAUAGCACAAAGAAAUAGAAAUGUAGCAUUCAAUUUAGAAAUUAUUUUAGAUUUUAGAUUUAAUUUACAUUUGGCUGAUGUUUAAUGAGGAUGAGUAACCUUCAGUGCAUUUAUUGGGCACUUGGAUUUCCUUUUCUAUGAAUUGCUUCUUCACAUUUCCUUUAUGUUGUUUUACUAUUUUUGUGAUACCAGGGACUGAAUUCAGGGCUUUUGCACUAAAUUAUAUCCUCAGCCAUUUUGUAAUAAAGGUGACUAAGAGAUAAGGGGAGAUAAGAGAUAGGGAGGAAGAGGUUCACAACAAAAAGAAUUAAGAUGUAGUAUGUACAUGUACCAACUCCUCGUGAUGAAUGUAAUCAUCAUUAACUGCAAAUGUGUACUAAUAAAGAUAAAUAAAGAAUAAUAAUUUGAGAAAGUGUCCCACUAAGUUGCUAAGUUAUUCUGGCUGAGCCCAAAUGUGUGAUCUCCCUGCAUCAGUCUCUCAGAGUGCUACCAUGCUGACUCUGAUGGUUUCCUUUUGAAUUUAGGAGUUAUUUGAAAUAAUUCACUUUUAGUUAUAUGCACUGUACACUUGUCCCAUUUUGUGGCUUUCAUCUUUUUUUAUGAUAUCUUCAUGUAAAGAGGUUUUAAACUUUAUCUUAUUAUUUUCAGCCUUUCCCCUUAAGGCACAUAAUUUUGGGGGUCUUGUUUAAGAAAGCACAUUUCUAAGUAUUUACUGUUUUCUUUUUGAAAGUGUUACAUGUUUGACUUACAGAUACAAGUUUUUAAAAUCCACUUGGAAUUUAUUUUGUGAGGUGGUCUAAUUUUUUCCUAUGUAUACUUGGUUUUCCUAGUAUCAUUUUAAAAAUAAUUUAUCCCUUCCUCAGAGAUUUGUUUGGUCAACUUUCUCCUAUAACCAAACCAAAUCUGCCUAUUUAUUUGUCUGUUAUCUCUCUCUCUCUCUCUCUCUCUCUCUCUCUCUCUCUCUCUCUCUCGCUAUCUAUCUAUCUAUCUAUCUAUCUAUCUAUCUAUCUAUCUAUAUUCCUUCUGGAUUUUUUAUCAUGUCUGGCUGAUUUGUUGUCUUGUGUCAAUAUAGUACCAUCUAAAUGAUCAGAAGUCAUACAAGGACAAUGGCUGGAGGGUCUUUCCAGAUUUUUCAUCUUCUUCAAAGGUGUCCUGUUUUCAGUCUUUUUUCUGUGAAUUAGAGGAUCACCUUGUCAAUUUUAUUAACUUGCAUGGGGUUUCUCCUGGAAUUGAAUCUACAGAAUAAUUUCAUACCCACAAGUAUUUUUCAAGAAAUAACACCAGGAAUCAACAAAUGAGGUUAUUUAGAAUUUAAAAUAUUUUGUGCACAAAGGAAACAACCGACAGAGUGAACAGAAAACCUACAGAAUGGAAAUUUUAUUUUUGCCAGCUCCUUGUUGGAUAGAGAACUAAUAUGUAGAAUAUAUAAAGAACUAAAAAAAUUGAACCCUCCAAAUAAAGAGACUCGAUUAAAAAGCAAGCAGUUGAAAUGAGCUGACUUCUCUGAAGAAGUACAAAUGGCCAAUAAGUACAUGACAAAAGCUUCAGCAUCUUCAGCUGUUAGGAAAAUUCAAGUGGGAACCACACUGAGUUCCAUCUAACUCCACAAGGAAUGGCCACUGUCAAAAAGUUAGUAAAUCCAAAAUAUUAGUGAGGUUGUGUGUGUAGUAGGGGUUGGUGGGGGGAACUCUUCUGUGUUGUUAGUUAUAAUACAAACUAGCUGCAAACACUAUGGAAAUCUGUGAGCAUUCUUAAAAACUGAAACUAGAAUUUUCAUUUGGCCCAAGUAUUUCCCUUCGGGGUUAUCUUCUUAAAAGAAAUAAAGAUACCGUAUUUCAGUGAUCCAUGCAUGCUCAUGUUUAUAGCAGUACAAUUCAUACUAGGGAAAUCCUUAGAAGUUGCCUAUCUGCUCAGCCACAAAUGAAUGACUUAAAAUUAUGGCCUUUAUACAAUAGUCAGUUACAAAGGAGAAUAAAUUUGAGUAAUUUAUAGGAACAUAAAUGCACUUUGAGGCCAUGAUGCUAAGUGAGAGAAAUCAGACACAAAAUACUAAAUAUCUCAUGGUUUCUAUUAUAUGAGGGACCUAGACAUGGAGGGAGACAGGAAAAAGGAGAAAUGAAAAGGACCAACACUAUAUAUGUAUGUACCAACUCCCCAUGAUGAAUGUAUUUUUAUGUAUUACAACAUGUAUCAAAAAAUGAAUAGCUGUUGUUAGGAAACCAAGUCUUCCCAUCUACCAACAUAGUAUAGUUUUCUAUUCGUUGAGGUUUUCAUUUCUGCUUGAUAAUAAAGUUUUAUAAUUUCUUCCAUGUAUGGUGUUGAAAUAAGAUUUUUUUUUGGCUUCAAUGUUUGUUGUUGUAGUUAGAUCAGCUAAAAAAGCAUUAAACAUUUAUUGUUUUCAAAUGAAAAUUCCUUCCCGUGUGUCCUGUGCAGUGUGUGUUGAGAAAAUCAGCCUGGUAGUCUGUUGAACUUCCCACUGUCUUUGGGGCUCCUACCACCACUCUCAUGUUCUGUGACUCACUCGGAGGACUCACAGGCUGCAGGAUUCUGUCUGUCACCACGCUCAUAGCUAUGAUCUGUUAUAGCAGGAGUGGGAGUUUCCUAAGCGGUCUUGGAAGGCAAAUGGAGCUAAGUCUGGAGGAAGCCAGCCACCCAAGAACCCUUUCGUGCAGUCACACAGGAAUGAGGGGUGACAGGUGUGAAAUGUCUAUCAGGCGUGUGUGGCAGAGACUUGUUGCCACAGUGUUUAUUGGAGGCUGGUCAUUUAGGCAUUCCUGUCUCUCAGAGCAAGAGCAGGACCAAGUAUUCUGCUUAAACUACGCCGUGCAGGUUAGCACAGCCAAGACACUUUCCAGUUCUGGGAAUGGUAAAAAUCCUUCAGAAAUCCAAGUUUGCCAGGCAGCCUUGCAAAUAGGCAUGAAUAAAGAAAUUCUCUAAUUCAAAUUCGGGAUUCCAGGGUUUUAUUAAUUUUGUAGGUUCUAUGUUUGUGUUUCUUUUUUCUUAUGCUGAAAAUGUUUGUUCCUAGUGACAUUACGUGAAGUUACUUAAUCUUUCUGUAUUAACAUUACAAUCCCAAUGGUAUAAUUAACAAUAUGGCUACUGAAAACAGUUUAAAUUUCUUUGUGCUUCUUUUAGUCCUUGCUAAAAAUUUAUAGUCAAGUUACUCAGAAGUUACUUGAAAUAACUGCCCCCUAUGAGUUUAAGCAAGCUAUUUGAUAGAUAGGCAAGUUUAUUUCAUUUUACUUUCAAACUAGGGGGGAAUAGCUUUUGGUAGUCUUGAUUCAAUCUUGUUUAAUAAUUUAAACGUCAGAAAUUUAUAUAGUUUGCAAAUCAAAACCAGAAAACAAGGUUAAUUUGGAGAACAUUGUCUUGUUUUUUUUUUCCUUCAUCCUCUUUUUUCUUGUAGGAAAUAAUUUAAUUAGCUUAUGUUAUAUCUGUCACUUAUUUUUUCAUGGAAUCAAAUUUGUAUCUUUUCCUCCCCCUAUAUAAAUAGAUAUACUAUUCCUAGUAUUUGGCAUCUAGAUUUCUUUCAUUUACUAAUAUUCCAUGAAGCUCAUGCUAUCAUAGUUUAUAAAAAUUUCAUAUUAAGGGGUUGGGGAUUUAGCUCAGGGGCAUAAGCACCUGCCUUGCAAGCAGGCAGUCAUGAGUUCGAUCCCUGGUACCAAUAAAAAGGAAAAAGACAAAAAAAAAUUUCAUAUUAAGACAUGUUCUUCUUGGACGUAGCAUCACCCUACUUCACAGGGAAUGUAAAUCUGGACCCCACGUCCACUUUUAGAUUUUGCUCUUUGCCCGGAAACUUUCCUAGCUAGAGCUUCUGGCAGAAAAUCAGCUUUCCUACUGCUGUCCUGGGCUGCUGAGCAAAGGUUUUGGUUUGCAUAGAAGCCCCUCCCCUCUUUUCAAUGCAAUAAGCCUCCUUUGAUCAUCUGAAUUUUUUUAUUUCGGUGUCUCCGUUAGUUAUUUCAUUCUAACUCCACGUGUGUGGGCUCCGGUCACACAUCCUGUCUGCGCGUGCAAAGCUUGUGCCUUCAGCUGCUGGUCCCUGGGCGCAGUUUCUUCUUUAUGACUGAGAUUGUCAGGCUGUCACGUUAAACACAAAGAGUUUCCUCUCUGUUUUUGGAGUCUGGGUGUUUUGGAGCUACAUACUAAUUUUUUUGUCUGUAUUUUAUCCAGCAUUUCUGUGUGUUUGGAGCAGGAACAAUUCACUUUGUCAUGCUACCAGAAGCAGAUCAACUGUACUUACUUCUGUCACCCAUGUGUCAUCCCAUUGCUAGCAAAGACCAGCUGAAGGAGUACAUGCGCACACACAGACACACACACUUUACUAUAUUAAACAAUUUUAUGAGAUAUAUCUCCUAACUAAAAUUAUGGCCCUUCCUACCGAAUCUUUCCCUCCAUGUUUCCUUUGAAAAGAUCGUUGAUCUUCUAUAAUAUUUAUUAGUUAAUUAAGUUAAUUGGUAUAUUUUAGAUAUAUACAACGAUCACACUCCUCAUAGGGGAUUAUGUUCAUGAUAUAUGAUUCAUUUUCCCCUUUCCCCUCCUCUCCCUUUAACCACGCUUUCCCUCCUUAUUUGCAAAGGCUUUGUUUCUGAUUUUCUUUCUUUUCUCAUUUUUUCUUUUGUCUUCUUUUCAAGCAGAUUUCCAUCCUUUCCUCUCUGCUUGCUUAUUCCUCUGUUUUCUCUGUAUAGAAAAAAAUUUAUGCAAGGGAACUUAGGUCAGUUAAUCUGAGCAUGUUUUCAAAACGGUAACAAAGUCACGAGGUUUUCAGACAACAACAUUAGAGUGAAUAGACACAAAAAAAUUGGAAAAAAAACCUUUCAAGUACAAUUUGUUGGCUUUAGUGCAGUUUCUUAGUUCAGGUUAUUCGGGGUGAAUUAAUUCCUGUUGGUUUUUAUGUCUUUGUUUCACUUGCGCCCUCCUCUGACUUGCUCCUCCCUGUCGCUUGCUUUAUACUCCUCUAUUUACAGGGUAGGUGUUUCAUUAAAACGGCAUCUGGCAUUGGCAUACUGCGUAGAGGAACUUUUGUGUUUCAUAAAUUUCAACUGGAUUUUUUGUCCCAUGCAUUUUUAAGUGUUCAAAUAUAGAGGCAGUAUGAAUAUGCAGUUAAAUAGCUUGGAAGGAUACAAGUCAGAGUUUCGUCUUCAGAUUUGUAGAAGAGAUCUGUGGUUUUCAGAAAAAACUCUGCUUCAGAGAUGCCCCAUGUAUUUGCAACUUUGGGCAGAGGUAAGGAUUUUUCAAAAACAUAAGACACAUAGCUUCAGACAGUUUUAUGUGAUAAAAAUUAUAGUAAUUUCAUUUCUACUUGUUUUGUUAGCUUUUAACUCACAUAGAUUAUUUUAGGCUGAGAAGAAAACCAUGGAAGAAAGACUAUCAAAUCUUUCUCUAGAUGAUAUGAAGGGGUUCCAAGAAAAGAGAACUUUCAGGGCCUUUCAAGAGAUGUUGUCAUUAUUCUUAUCAUCAUUUUAGUUGUGAAACCUGUUUUUAAGAAGCUGUACUAUUGUCAACUAGCUUUCCAUCACUGUGACAAAAUACCUCGGUUAUACAGCUUAUAAGGAGGGAAGGUUUAUGUUGGUUUAUGGUUUCAGUCUAUGGUUGCUUGGUCCCACUGACAAUAUAUCACUGCAGGAGGGCAGGGUAGAGGAGACCUCUUCAUGAUUGAUAGGGAAGCAAAGAGAGGAGAAGAUGGGGGGAUCCAGUGCCCCCUUCCAGGUUACAUUCUUCCUAGUGCUCGAACUUCCACUUCCUGGUCCUAAAUGUUUCACCACUUCCCAGUGACACUGCAGGCUGCAAACACGCCUUCAGUGCGUAGGGCCUAGGGUGGGGAGGGGCGUACAGGAUCCAAAUGAUAGCUACACUUCUGUUUCUCCUUCUCUUUUUCUUCUUCCUCCUCCUCGUUCUUUUAAUAUGUCUUUUUAAAAAGAAAUAUUUAGGGACCUGGGAUAUAGCUCAGCAGUGCAGCACCUGCCUGGGAAACACGAGGUCCCCAGUCUGACUCCUGAUAGCCACAAAAAGAAAAAAGGAACAUUUAGAAAAUCAGAUGCAAAGUGGCGCAUGUGCCAUUUAAAGCUAUGCAUUGAUCAGCAGACUUGAAAGUAAGUUGUUUUCUGACUGACCCUUGAUUCAAGUUACGUAAAUUCACACACUGCAGGCCCCUGCCGGUAUCUUUAAUGAAAAUCUGAGAAAUGCGAGAAAGCUAGAAUAGUAACUUGGGCUUUUCCUGAUGUUUCAGGCUGUGGCAUUUGCUGUCAUUUUUUCUUACCCAUUUAUUUUGUUACCUUUGUCACAGUUACCUCCACCUGGAUGGAGACAUAUAUUAAAUGCACUCUGAGAACUGUAAACACACUUAAAUAGGAGUUGUAGAUAAAUACAACAAUUUUACGACCAUUAAUAAGCACAUCAGUUUAUAAGGUAGCAGGUCACGGCCCUGUGGCUGUCUGUCCACCUUGAGAUCUCACACUUUCCUUCUGAUUACAUUUGCCAAAGCAGCGUCUUUGAUCCACAGGUUGAAAACAGAACUUGUGAACCAGCCCCUUCAAAGAUUGAAGAAAACACAACCUUUUAUUUGGCUUGGGGCAGCCUGAGUUUUAGUGACAGCUGUGGUGAGGAGGAACCCCGGGAGUUAAACAAACACGGCCUGGGAGCUCCUCAAGCUCCAUGGAUUCCUGCCUCAGCAUUCUCCACUGAGUCCUUCACUUGGCAAGAAUAGAAGCUCAGCCAGAAAGCCAGGCUUUGAGCUAUUUCGCGUCUAUCAUUGUCUGUGGGAAUGAGGCUACUACUGCUCACUGAACAAUCUGCAGGAAUCAUCUUUUCAAAAAGGGGCGUCUAUCACAUAGUGUUACAGACAGUUUAGGGAGCACUACGUUACAGAAGUCCACUGGUGCAUUCAGUUCGCUGGGUUGCUUCUCAUCUGGAUUCCUCUGUAUGGGAGCACUUUCUUGUUGAUGACCUUAUUUGUUUAAUAAACAGUAAAGUGGAAGCCAACUAAUAGCUCAGAAAGUGACCGAUGUGCUUAGAUGUUUGCUGGCAAUGUCACACACUUCUCCGUAUGAUGUAUCCAGGGAUCUUGAAUCCCAUAAAGGGAUCAGAUUUAGAAGAAAAAUCUGUUGUGCUCUGAAAUACCAAAUAUGAAUAUUUAAUUAGAAAGAAUAAGAGAAUAAUAUCACAAGGGUCAUGGUAUGUAAAUUCAGAAUGGCUGGGAGCAAUUAAUUUGUAUAUAAAAACAAAAACAAAACAAAAAACCCAGGAAUGCAUUAAAAACACCUGUACUUUUUUGCUGUCAAUUCAGGAACAAAUUAGAAUAUGUUAGAAGAGAAUAUGUUUAGCUGCUUACCACUGCAAACAAAUAGUUUCCACAAUGCUUAUACUAAAGAGGAUCCUAUUUCUUAAUAGUCGGUGUAAGGGGACAUGGCAAAGAGCAAAGGGAGUAAUAAUGUUAAGUCCUUAAAAGCAAUUUUGAAAAGGGUUCUUUCUACAAGGGAGGUCAUGUCCUGUCUCACAUGCUGAUUUCUUUUCUUUUUCUUUCUUUCUUUCUUUCUUUUUUUUUUUUUUUUGGUCUUUUUCUUUUUUAUCGAUACCAGGGAUCGAACUCAGGACCACACACUUGCAAGGCAGAUGCUUAUGCCACUGGGCUAAACCCCCAGCCCCACACAUACUGAUUUCUUGAGUAGACUUCUUGCCAAGAAAUAUUUUCCCUAAAAUUUAUAAGAUGUGCAUAAGCUAACAUUAAUAAUGCAGCAGUUUCUUUUUCUUAUAGAGAAAUCAGCUCGGGCAAAGCAAGAUAUGAACAGAAAAUAUUGCUAAUUAUUUACAUAAAGGUAAAGAUAGAUGAAAUGUGAGUGUAGCAUUUAUUUCAUAUUAUUGUCUGGUCUAAGAAUUAGUAAAGGAACUGAGGGUUUCUUUUCAUUCUUUUCACUUUACUUUUAUUUAGUUUCAGGGAUAUCUAACAACAAUCUUUGAAAAACAGUUGGACAUAUAAUGUUGGAGAGGUAAUUUAUUUUUCUUCCUUCUAAUAUUUCAUCAUGAUGAUACUUAGUUUUUUAUUUAUUUUUAUUUUUUGUCUUUUUGGUACCAGGGAUCGAACUCAUGACCUCACACUCCUGCCAGACAGGUGCUUGUGCCACGGAGCUAAAUUCCUGGCCCUAGUUUUUUUUUUUUUUUUUUAAUAUCAGUAUUAUAGUCCUGAUGGUACAGCAGUCUUACCAUCUCCUUUAGCAACUUUUUGGAAAUAUAUACUGUUUGGAAAUACAUAUGUUUUUAGUUUAUCUUAUCCCCGAAACGUUCAUUUUCUAGUUUUAACGUUAUACAUUCAGAAAAAUUAGUCUGAAGAAAGUAUUUCCAAAAUGAACUAUGAUUAUAAGAGGAAUUUAUUAUUUUUAAAAUUAGAUACCCACAAAUAGUCGUAUUGGUAUUUACAAAUUACACCUUAAUGCAAGAUUUUAUAGAGCACCAUAUUUAUAUAUUCAAGUUGAAAAAAUUUUAGGAAUUUUUUUAUCAAAUAGAAUAAAACAUUAAGUAUUGGACAGAUGUGGUGGUACAGGCCUGUAAUCCUCACUUGAGAGGCUGAAGCAGGAGGACUACUGUGAGUUCAAGGCCAGCCUGAACUACAUAGAGAGACCCUGUCUCAAAAAUCACUCAGACAGUCAGUAAGUAUUAUUUUUGGAUCCGUGUGUGUGUGUGUGUGUGUGUGUGUGUGUGUGUGUGUGUGUUUUGUUUGGGAUCGAACUCAGUAUCUUCCACAUGCCAGGCAAAUACUUUCCCACUGAGCUAAAUCUUUAGUCCUAUUUUAGAUUCUUAAGGUACCUCCAUAACAUGGUGAAGGUCAAAUGUUGGUCUUCUCUUUCUUGAUGAGACAUCUGUAACCAUUUAAAUUUCAUUACAAAAAAUUUGUACUUCUAUGACUGGUAACUUAAUGGGAAUUUUGGCAAGAUUGUCUAUUCACAUUUCUACCUUGUGCUUGUUCUUAUUGUCUGACUUUAAGAGAAUUAUAAGUUAAUGCUAGAUUUGGACACAAAGUCAAUAUCAGCAAAGGACAAAAUAAAGUAUUGAAAGGCAGAGCUAUAUAUAUGAAAAUCCUGUGGAAAGGGUAGAUUAAAACCACAUAAGUACAGUAUCACUAUUUUCAAAAUUCAUGAUGUUUGAAAGGGUCAAAGAAAACUCAUGAAACCUUAUAAGUAGUUAUUUAGAUUGACUAGUACUCACAGUGUGAAUGCUGGUUCUGUCUUGGAGUUUUGCUGUUUAGAAGAAAGUAUUUACUUGUUUGAUAACCACUGACGAAUGUGCUGGGUUUUGCAUGUAAUUUGUCUCUUAGGGGAUCAUGUGUUGAAGGCUGGUUAGUGGAAGUGACUAUAGGUUUUUGAGGGUGCUGCUUGUGAACAGGUUAAUAGAGUUUUCAUAGAACUGUAGCUGGUUCCCACAAGAGGAAGAUUUAUAAAAGAGCAAAAGGAGCCCCUCUUGGCUCUGAGGCUUCUGGUCUUGCCACUCCAUCCCUCUGCCUUGAGGUGCUCACCAGGGGCUUAACGAAUGGCGCUCACUGACCUUGGGCUUUCGGCCUUCAAAAUUGUGAGCUAAACAAACCCCUCUGAAAAUACGUCAUCCAAUCUCAGGUAUUUUGUUGUAGCAAUGGAAAAUAGACUAAUAUGGUAUGUAAUAUGCAGCCUUCUGUGUCUGCUUUCUUUUGCUUAGCAUAAUGCUUUCAUUACACACUCAUAUACUUACACCCACUUGCACUCUCCAUCACAGUUUGUUUAUCCAUUGAUAGGCAUUUGGACAGUUUCCACCUGUUAUUAUGAAUAAUAUUGCUAUAAACAUCUGUAUACUAGUUUCUGUGUAAACAACUUUUUGUUUCUUGGGUAUAUAUCUAUGAGCAGAAUUUCUGAGUCAUCUAGUAAUGCUGUGUUUAACUUCACAAGGAAUAACCACAUUGCUUUGCAAAGUGGUUGCAUGAUUUUAUAUGCCCACUGGUAACGUAUAAAAAUUCCUACUUAUAUAUAUAUCCUUGCUAAUAUUUACUUUUUUACAUUUUUGAUUAAAGAUAUACUAAUGGGCUUGAAAUGGAAUCUUGUCAAACAUUUUAAUGACUAAUAAUGUACAUCUUCUUAUGUGCUUGUUAGAUAUUUCUUUUUGGAGAAGUAGUUAUUCCAUACCUUUACCCAUUUUUACAAUAUUUGAGUUGAUUGUUUGUUGAGUUGUAAGGGUUCUUUAUAGAUUCUUGGUAUUAAUCCCUUGUCAGAUAUAUGGUUUGUAAAAUUUCUCUCCCAUUCUCUUCAUAUUCUUGGAAAUAUCCUUUAAUACACAUAACAUCCUCAUUUUUAUGAUGUCAAAUGUAUCCAUUCUCCAAAGCUCUGUAUUUUUUGCAACUGAGAAAAACAAAUUUUUAAAAAUUAAAUUGAGAAAACUGGAAAGAUAGGUAUUUUUUCAUGCAUAAUGUGAAUUUUUUUGAUUUAAUUUUAAGCUCUAAAAACUGCAAAAGAGUGUGAUUUUUUUUUUUUUUUAUCAUUUUAGGGUAACUUGCUGACAUGAGGCUCCAUUAACCCAGUUCACCUUAGUUUGUAGUUGCUAGCAAUAUGAAUAUUCACUGUUAUGUUCAGGAUAGAAAAUCAGGAAGUUAACAUGGUAGAAUAAUGUCAUCAAAUCCAGAGAACUCACUCAAGCUUUGCUAGUGGUCUCAGCUAUCUGCAUUUUAGUGAAACAGUUUGAUUUAGGUUGGAAUUUUGCCUUUAGUUGUUGUGUCUUCUUGGUGUCUGUUAAUUUGGAAUAGUUCCUUAAUGUUUCCUUUACUUUUAUGACCGUGAAGUCAAAUGUCUCUCUGCCCUUUUCUUUCUUUCUGUUGUCCUGGGGGAUAGACUCAGGGAUAAUUUAUCACCCAGCUAUGUCUCAAGCACUUUAAAUUUUUUUUAUAUUGAGACAGGGUCUCACUGAGUUGUCCAGGAGAGUUUCAAAUUAAUAAUUUUCUUGCCUCAGUUUCCCUCAGUGCUGGAUUACAGGCACAUGUGAUCAUUAUUAGCUUUAUUUUUUAUGUCAGUGUUUUAUGAAAGAGUCUAAGAAUCCAUUACCAAAUAUGAAAUCAUGAAAAUUUAAUUCUGUGAUUUCUUUUAAUAGUUUCAUAAUUACAGUUGUUAUAUGAGGUCAAGGUUCCAUUUUGAAAUAAUUUUUGUAUGCAGGUGAGGGUUCAGAUCCAUAAGUUAAAAAAUUUAUUCGCCAACUUUUGCCUUUUAGUUGGUGAGUUUGUUUUAAUUUAAAAAGUUUUUGAUAGUUAAUUUCUUUCUUUGUGCUUUAUGCUUUCUAUAUUUCAUGUCUUUUUUUUACUCAGUUCCUCCAAUUUGUCUGUUUUGUUAUUGAUAGAUUAUUCUGGUAGACCAUGUUGAUUUCCUUUUUGUAUGUUAAAUUAUUUUCUUAGAGGUUACUAUGGGGAUUACAAUUAACAUCCUAAUUUUGUAACAAUCUAGUUUAAAGUGAUACCCAUUUAGCUUUAGUAACAUACAUUGACUGUUCCUAACUCUUUUUAUGUUGUUAUUGUUACAAAUUACAUCUUUAUGCAUUGUGACCAUUAAUAUAGGUUUAUAUUUUAUGCAUUUGUUUAUUAAAUCAUACAGAAAAUUUAAAAAGGAAUUAUGCAAAAAUGUAUUAGUUUUGGAUUUUAUAUUUACAUAUGUACUUACCAUCACUGGUGAUUUUUAUUUCUUUGCAUGUUUUUAAGUUUCAUCUUAGUGACCUUCUGCUUGAGUCUAAUGGACUCAUUUCUUAUAGAGCAAGUCUACUGACAACGAACUCCCUUAGAUUUUGUUUAUCUAGGAACACUUCAGCUCUUUUAUUCUUGAAGGAUUGUUUUUCUGGAUAUGAAUUUUUGAUUGGCACUCUUUCCCUUUUAUAUUUUGAAUAUUUCAUCCUAUAUCUUUUCUCUCCUUAGUUGCUGCUGAGAACUCGUCUGUUAAUCUUAUCGAGGAUGACUUGAAUGUCAUGAAUCGCUUCUCUCUUACACCUUUCAAGAUUUCCUACAACAGUUUGAUUGUAAUAUAUGUCGGUGUGAUUCUCUUCAAAUCUGUCCUGUCUGGGGUCUUGAAUUACUGAUGGAUAUAUUCGUAUCUUCCAUCAUGUUGGAAAAACUUUCCAGUCAUAUUUCUUCAAAUAUUUUUUUCUGCCUAACUCUAUCCCUCUUCUUCUGUGAUUUCCAUGAUGUGUAUGUUGGUGUGCUUGAUGGUAUCCCAUAGGUCUUUUAGACUUGGUUCACUUUUCUUCACUAAUUUUCUGCCUCUUCCCUGCAUUGGGUAAUUACCAUUAUUCUAUUUACAAGUUUGAUGACUUUUUCUUUUGCCUAUUCUAAUUAGCUGUUGCAUAUGUCUUGUGCUUUUUUUAUAUCAUUUUUUCUACUUUUCAGCUCCAAGAUUCUGCUUUUUCAUAAUAAUUUCUUUUGUUGAUAUUCCUAUUUUGUUCAUGCAUAGCUUUUCUAGUGUAUUUUAAUUACUGAUUCAUGAUUUACUUCAGCUCUUUGAAUCAGAUUUUGACACUUAAAAUUUUUAGUAAAUUGAAUGCAAUUCUAUUCAAGAAUGGUGCCUUUCAGUAUUCUUUCUUAUGAAUGGGUUACAUUUUCCCAUUUUGCAUGCUUUCCAUUUUUUUUUCCCAAACUAGACAUUUUCAAUAUUGGAAUGUGAUAAUUCUGGACAUCAGAUUCUACUUCCUAUAUCAAGGGUUGUUGUUGCUUAAUAAGGAAUUCAAUUUUUCAUUUACUUAGUGCCCAUUGCAAGUUGUUUUGCAGAGAGUUCCUGUCAUGAAUGGAGUCCUAAACAUAUGUUCUGUUAUCACCAUGGUCAGCCAGUAAACUAACACAGGUUUCUUUAUAUGUCCAGAUCAAUAAGAGAAGCAAAAAAUAAACUAUGUUCUGUUUCUUUAACUUCCUCUUAUGGAUGGCAGGGAGUUUGUUUUUACCCAGUAAGAUUGAAUCAAUGGCAGAUUCAAUCUUAGAUUGAAUCAACCUCUUACAGACAGGUCAAGACAUAGAACCCCAGUUUUUGGGAAGAGAGUCCCUGUAGACCACCCUGGCACCAGUGAGUCUCACAUUGGACGACAGGCAUUGUUCCAUGGCUACAUUCCUAUGGCUUAAGGGUACCAGUUGCUAUAUGUAACACUGAAAUCCACCUAAAUUGACAUCUCUUUUUCCAUCAAGCACACUCUGGACAUUGCUCAGAUUCUAAAGCUCUAAAAUGGUUGAUCCUGACGGUUCUUGCCGACUCAGUAGUUGUAUUGGAGGACAGACUGAUCCUGAAGUUUCCUACUCUACUUUUUCCUGUGAUAUCAUUCUCCUCUUGAGUUCAUUCUUAAACAUUUUCCAGUUUGAGCAAUGUUAGGCAACUGUUGGCAACUGAAUGAAAUGAGCAAGAGAAAGUGAUAAAAACAUGUAAGUUCUUAGAAGAAAAUAUGAGCCUUGAGGAUCAUUAAUGAAUAUUAAUUAACUGCUCAAAGAGUGUAAGUCUUCUGAUGAAUGCUACAGAGGGUUCCUAAGUUUAGGUCAGUAUAGUUCCUGCCCUUCAGAAGUUUUUAUUCUAGUGCAGCGUUGCAGUAGUGAAUGCUUUUGUUAGAAGGCUUGACAGCUCCUAUUGAUUGCUGCCAUGUUUUUAGAUUUGUGGUACUGUUAUUGUAACAUGUGGAGUUAGAAAGGUGGAAUUAUUGAACAGCCUCACCCUCAUUUCUGACUUAGGUGCCGUAUUGUCUGUCUUUCUACUUGCUUCCCCUUCCCAAAUCUGUGGGUGGGUCAUGAACAAUUGCUUCAUGGCUGUGUGCAGUCUGCAGGCCUUAUGUUGUGUAGGCCUGCUAUAGACAAUGCUCUUUAAUUGGGCAGAAAAGUUGCUGCACUGGCUUCUUUCCCAUUUCAAAAAGCUGAGUACAUGCUGUUACUGCAGCAUUUCCAGUCUAUGCCAGCUCGAGGAGCAAGAGCCUAGGAUUGGAAAUCAAACGAGGGGCUCCACAUGCUGCUGCUCCACGUGUGGGCCUUGUGCCUCUGGUGCUCCUGGCUCCCAUACGCAGGUCACUUGCCUUGCACUGCCUUGGGUGAAAGGAAACUUCCCUACGAGGCAGAACUGGGAUGGCACCAGCCUCUCUGGGCCUCAGUUCCAUUUUCGGCUCUGGCCUAAUGAAUGCAUUGUAAGUCAGACCCGACUGCGUGCUCUCUUUGCUGUCUGUCUUCUGCUCCUGCAAACAUCGGCCCAGCCACUCUUUCAGAUCCACUUCAAGGAGACCCAGGCGUGCAAACCGUCCCCCGUGGCUGUGUGUGAACUGCUCCCGCACACUGGGUCCAAUUGCUGGAGGAGAGACGGAGAGGAGAACCAAUCUCGGUGGCAUCCCGGGUCUGUGGUGGAGACCAUUCGCUUUAUCCUGGGGACAAUGGAGCGGCACCAGGGGAAAGCAAAGCUGGAAGGUCUCCGCGGAGGAGCGGCUCACUCGCGGGAGGCUGAUUUGCAUGAUAAUCACCAUUAUGGAUCCUCUGUGGUGCCAGCCUCCACACUUAACCAAAUGCGGCACAACUCUAAUAGCAGCAGAGCAGCCCGAGCAGGGCUGUGGCACAUAUUUUACAAAGCCUGUUCGUUAGGAGGAGCCACUGAGGAAUGGGGACCUGAUGCCAUGCUAGGGAUGGUUGAAAGACAGGUAGUUUUCCCUCUUGUUUUAUCACAAAGGAAUCUGUUUACUGGGAAGCAGCUGUGUCACGCUGGGACUGCUGCGGCCAUUGAAACUCUGGCGCGAAAAGAGAUCAGUGGAAACUUUGCACAGCCUUUCUGGCAUACAAGUGCAUAGGGCAAGUCAAGUGUCCACCACCAUUGUUUGUGAAAAGCUUUACUACUUAGAGUCCUUGGGGGCAAAGGAGCAUGAAAUCGACUAAUGUCUUGACUCACAUGUCAAAUGAUACCACACGUGUGUGUGUAUGUUUAUAUAUAUGAAUGCUAAUGUAAGCAAUGACUUAUAAAUAAUAAUCAACAUAAUUUCUCAAAAGUUUCACAUUUGAUAAAAUAUUUACAAGUAGGUCAUGGUUCUGCUAAGUUUUGCCAUGAAUUUACCGUGGCCAGCCCUUGGCAGUUUGCAACUUUACUUUUUGGGUUCUGGAUUUAGCUUUAGGAUCUAUCUACCUUUGUACAGAACUGACUCCAUGAUAGGAACUCAGCUUCUCCUCUUUCUCUUUUGUUGAUUUCUCAACGAGAGGCAUUCAUGUUCGCUUGUGUCCAUGGUUGUAUCACUCUGUUUUGACUCUGGAUGUCCAUUGUUCAGACUUUUCCAUUUUCAUCUUUGACACUUUGUUGGCCUCUUCUUUACAAACAGACAGAUGAGCAGCCCAACCAAAAGCUCCUUUCUUAAAUUUCCUGCUCUCAGGAUUAUUUCCUUUUAAGUAGAAACUUGUCUUUCAGGCCACUGUCUUCUUCCCAUUUACUCUAGCUUUUUGCGAUCUGGCUGCGGCCACCCCUGGUGUUGCAAGGCAACUCUCUCAGGCACACUGUAUUCUCACUUCAUGGAUCACUUUUAUUACUGCACCCCAGAGGGGGACUUAACUACAUGGUAAAUUUUGGGUGAUUUGUGGGUCAGCUCAGCUUAAUGUCAUACUGCUUCUUUUGGAGAAGGGUGUCCUCUAAGUGCACAUAUUUUCCCUUCCAAAGGCUAGAGGGCCACCCAGCUGUCACUCUCCUGGCUUACAGGGAUGGCACAGUUUGGUACUACAGUCAGCUGGAUGUAUUUUGGCUUCCAUACUAGGCUACUUCCCCUCUCCUGGCUUUACUCAGUGAUAGAGGUUAUAGUCUGCUCUCCUGUCUGUUUUAUUUUUGAGUUAUUUCUUAACUUUUUACAACCCACAUGUGAAUGUGUGUGUGUGUGUGUGUGUGUGUGUCCGAGGCAGAGACAUCACAGUGCAUGGCUGUGGUGCAGCAAAGCUGUUUAGUUAUGAUGGCCAGGAAGAAGAGCAGGGGAGCAGUGCUAGAAAGAAAAAGGUGAGGGACCAGACAGAUGCCAAGGCCACGCCUCCGUGACCCAGACACACUCAGAAAGUGCUCCACUAAUCCCCGGGCUGGAUCUCACAAUCAAUCAAAUUGACACUCCAUGUUAGCUGCCACGCAGAAUAGUUGGAUUGAGUUGCACUUUUUGGAGGAGAGGUUUAUACUUUUAUGCCUCAUAUAGCAUAGCUACGGGAGAUGAGUUUUUUCCAGGUGUCCAAGACUACAAGCCUAUCCCUCAAGAGGGUCCUCUAAAAACUAUCUCCUUCUACAACUUGGCUAUACCACCAGGAAGCAGGUGACCUUCUGAGAGUCUAGCCAGAUGACAAGAGAUCUUCAGUGUGGCCCCACUUCCUCUUCCACCAUGUGUAUCAGGCCUAAAAAAAGAGUAGGGCUGCCCUUUACCUGGAUCGCACUGCUUGCAUCUCCAGGCUGCUCCCCUGGCAGAGGCACAUGGCAGCUGUGUGCCAAGCCUGCCUGCAGAAAAGUGAAAAUCAGUGUGAUGUAACUUGGCAGAGCAGUAAAUUUCUGACUUCUUUAGCCACCCCUUGCAAAGCCUGUAGGACUCAUUUGGAAUACUUGUAGUAUUGUGAUAACCAACACAGGAAAACCUUGUGUAUUGUGGAUCUGGCUGUGGGAUCACCGGAAACUGCUACAGAUAUGUGCUUGACUGCCACAUUUUGUACAGUUUUUCCCACUCAGGAUGCACAGGGAACCAUGUCUGUGUUAGACACAAGCGCAGCAUGGAGAACAAAGAUGACCACAUUAGAUGGGAAGGAAUUAUCACAUAAUGUGCACAUUUAUGCAGCGCUGUGGAAGGGGCCAGGCAGUCUGGCUGUGUGAGAUCAUUUCACUGCUCACCAAAGAGAUCUGAAAUGGACUUUUAAUUAUGAUUGCCGAUUUGCUAUGGCUCUAUUGCUUAAUAUGAGCAUCUGAUUAGGUUAAUUUUCUUUAAUUGAUGAGUAGAGCACUUAAAUUUGUAGGGCUGAAUUUGUUGUUAUGUACUGGCCAUUUUCUAUUCUGACUCUUUGCUGGAGUACAGAUUGCAGGCAUUUCUUAUUUGUUGCACUUCUGAGGUCACGGCUCUUCCUUCCUUCACCUUUGUGUGGCUUUUUAGAUUUGCUAAUGGAGAUAGAGCAGGGCUAAGUGACUGUUAAACUCUUCCCCAUAUACAGUAAAAGCCAUUAACAUAACAUGAACCUCACUAAAUUUGGAAUUUAUGAAAAUGAGGGCAGAGCCUGGGUUAAAGUUUAUUUUUGCAUUGUCUUGGAAGUCAAGUUUGCUGAGCUAAUAAACAGUAUAAAUAAAAUUGCAGGGACUGGCACUACUCUUUUAAGAAGCAGACUUUUGAAGCACUUUAGAGACGGGUCUCCCAUGAGGGGUAAUGAAGUAGAGAGUCAGAACAAAGCUUUAGGCCACUCUCUGGCUACCUGACCUUAGCUCUUCUGAGUAUUUCCCCCCCAUCUGUAAAACAGAGACAGUUACCUACUAUGCGGGGUUACUCUGAAGGUAGAUUUGGUGUAUAGGAAAUGUUUGGUGUGAAGCACUUACUGUAUCAAUGGCAAGUUAUUAUUUCCUACCUAAAAUAAGUGGUAAGCUGACUUCAAAUAUUUAUUAUUUUUUUCACUAAGGCAAGGUUCUUUAGAGUUUGUUGAUCUCAUCUGAAAUAUUGAUUUUUAUUAUUAUUAGGUUAGAGGGAAAAUCUAGCAGUUUGUGGUGGUUAUAAAGAGACGGGGCUUUGGAGCCAGGCCAACUCAGAUUUGGAAGUAGUUGGGUUGCUUAUUAGCUAUGUGGUCCUGGGUGAGUACUGGAACAUCGCUUAAGUUUUGCCUUCUAGUUGCAGAAGAAAGAUUGAUCUUAUUUUAGUUUGUUUAUGCUUCUAUAACAAAGUACCUGAAACUGGAUAAUUUAUAGAGAACAAAGAUUUAUUUCUCACAGUUUUGGAGUCUGGGAUGUCCAAGAUCCACAUGCCAGCAUCUGGUGAGAGCAAUCUUGCCUCAUUCUCACAUGAUGGAAGAUAAAACAGGAGGUGUGGAGGGUUGAGGAGCACAGAGGCAGAGCUGGGGGUCCCCCUCAUGAGCAUGAACUCCCUAUGGUUAAGUUACCUUUUAAAUAUCCUGCAUCUUAUCACAGUUACGGUGGUGAUUAAAUGUCAACAGGAAGUUUGGGCGGAACAAAGUGUUCAAACCACAGCAGUGUCUGCUCCGGGACUUUGCCCGUGAGGACAAGUGGAACAGUCUGUAAUCUGUGUGGAGGAGCAGCACAAACAACAUAACGUGCUCCCUGGAACCUGUAACCUAAAGUGAUGGCCUUAGUGAUGGCCAUGAGCAAUUUGUAGAAUCCAUCACCUCAAUAAACCAGACUCAGAUGAAUGACUGGCAAAUGGAUGCCACUGGUGGUAAAAUAAUAACAGCCAGAUGUACUGGGGCAGACACCCCUUGAAUAUCUACUUCAAAUCACCUUUCAUGUUUUAUUAUUGGAAAUAGACUCAUUUGAGGAUUACAUUAUUAUGUUUUGGAAAAAAUGGAAAUGAAUCAAGACAUGGAGAAUGCCAGCCUGGUUCAUGGUUCCACCUGUUCACCCAGGAUGUCUUCAAAUACUUGUGUUUCAGCAACCAGAAAUCAGCAAAGAUUCAACCUAUCCUUUUUGCCUCAGUUACUCCUUAAAUCAGUGCCACCCCUCCAAAUGAAUGUGAAUUGAAACAUGCAUUGCUUUUCAUUUGAGUGCUUACUGUGUGUGAGCCAGUGCAAAAAAUAGGAGAGAGAAAAUGAGGGAGACAAAUGCACAUGGAGCCUGCUUUUAAUGAAUUUGCUAUUAGUUUCAGCACGCAUAUUGUGUUCUUUUGUUUUUAAUUAGGUGUGUCCCUAUGACAAGAGAGCAGUGAAUGGAAAAGUGUGCUCUGUAAUUAUUGUAAGCCCCAUUAAUGAAAAACAAAAUAAAGUACAACAACAAUAACAACAACAAAACUCUAAUGUGAAAACCUCGGGACAUUUCAAUUCAUUUCUUUGUUGUUGUUCUUUAAGUUCUAAGAGAUAUGACCCAUUUUAUUUUGUAUUACUUUUGUGGUGCUGAGAUAGGACCCAUUUUAUUGAUUACAUAAAUAUUCUGCAGGUUUUAGAUACAUUAAUACAACAUAGUUUGAGUUAAUUUGAAUUAAAUUCUAGUGUUUUUCCUUUGGGUAUAGCUUGUAUGUUGGAAAAUAUAUUGAUUGUAUACUUCUUGGGGUUAGGAAGGUGAAUUACACCUGCUAUCUUUAUGGGCAUCUGCCUUCCCUGCCCCAGCACCCACUAUUCUGAGUGGGUGACUACCAAAAGGAGGGAGAUAGAUCUUGUUCAAUCUUGGGGGUGACAUUAAUGGGCCCAAUAUUGCUAAGAGAGGGGGUAGAGCACAGUUGGGCACUGAUUCUAUAUGAAAUUUGACUAAAUAUUUUUUUCAGUAUUCAUUGCAUGAUUCCUUUUAUUCCAUAGGUUGAGUGACUCCACAGUUUUUCUAAAAAAUUGUUUCUGAGCUGAGAAUAAGUUUAAGUCAUGAUUUUUCCAGUGUUAUGACAUUGAUUUGACUGAAGCCACUAGACAUUUUAUGUAGUGUCUGUGACACAUUUUAGUAUGUAUGAGCCAAUAAUAGACAAGUCUUUGUCUUGAGUAGUGUCCAUCUGAAUUGAAAAUGAACCAGCUUUUCUUUUUUAACAUCAUCAACAGACUUCUUAAUUAAGCUGCCAAUACACACUGCCAAUAACGCUGUGUGCUGUUUGAGAAAUGAAUAGCGUCAGUGCCGUUUCCAUCUUAUCAAAUAAACAAUGCUGCUGGGAUAGCAUGGAUUUUAAGUGUUCUUUGAAUGGCACUGCAGAUCGCACCCUACAUCAUUUGAUGAGCUUUUUCAUACCACCUCUUUUGACUCAAUUUGUGAUUUUUGUUUUUUAGUAAGGAAUAGCUCUAAUCUGACCAAUAACUUUGGUUAUCUGAUUCAACCUUAAUAGAACAAAUCACCCCACCAUCAAACUCCUGGUCAUGCUAUUUGUAUGCAUGUCAUUUCGGGUUGGUGAGAAGUAGCUUCCAGGAACUAUUAAUGAUCCACUGGUGUUAUACUAAAUUGUGGGUGUGUAUUGUGUAAGCAUUUGGUGGUCAUGAAGUACUUUUUUUACUUUUAUUUCUUAAGGCUCUGUAGAAGAAGUGCGACUUAGCACUUUCACUGGUUGGUAGUUUACAGUCAGUCUACUGAGAAGUCCAAAUAACUGGAAUUUUUAAUACAUUUGAGUUUCCUGGUCCCCUUAAACUGUGUCUUGGGAUUAGUAGUGCUGGCUGAUUCAGCCCUGUUACCAGUGUCCACUCUGCUGCUACUGGUCUUGGCCUCCCUCUCUACCCUGGGCAGGCCCUUCAAUGAUAUCUCCCCUGUGGCUCAUCUGUCAGUAGCAUAAUAAUCAGUCUGUUUACUGAGUGCUUAUCCUGUGCCCAGGGCUGAGCUGAGUGCUUCAAUAUGUUCUCUCACUGAGUUACCGCAUUGAACCUCACAGCAUCCAUGCAGGGAGGGUGCCAUCCACCAUGGAAGCGUCUUGCUUACCUUAUGGAAUCCAUAUCCAGAUCUCUCAGGCUCCAAAGGCUGAUUGACGGCUGCAUCCUAGGAGUAAUUCCCAGUUCCUAGUGUGUGUGUGUGUGUGUGUGUGUGUGUGUGUGUGUGUGUAGGGGGGUCAGCUCCAAUCUGGAUAAAGUCCAGAUUCAUUGUAUUUAAUAUUCUUGCAGAACACACUGUCUAAAGGAUAAAACCCAGCAAAUCAUAGUUGUUUUGAGAAUCAAGGGAAGGCAGAGGAAUUGGGAGAAAGCAAAGUUGGAAACAAACCAAUUUGAGUCAAACUUUUAGUCUUUACCUCAUAUAAUGCAUUUUUUUAAACUUUCUUUUUAUAACAUGGUCUGACACCAUGUGAUAAAUCAAAGUCUGAUGUAACUGACCCAGAAUUGAUCCCCAAAUGUCUUUUGGGGGAGCAUGCUUUCACUCUGGUUGUUGAUUCUGAGGAAUAAUUGCCACCCUGCAAAGGUAAUUACAUAUGCCAUUGUUUAUACACAUAAUAGACUCCGACUGCAUGUUCUGCACAGAAGGGGAGAGCACCCUGCUUGCACAUCAGGCCCUGUGUGUGCUAUGGUUUGUAUCACAGUGCCACAAAUAGCAUUUGAACUGCUGUCUGUGACUGCUGAUUUCCAUGUGCACGCAUGUCUGUUCGUGUGUGAGUGUGUUUACGAGUGAGAAGGGUACGGAUCAUGGAAGGCCAUUUGUUGAGCUGAAAUGGCAGUACUUUGCUUUCGCCUAAUUUUUUCAUUUACCAAAACAUCUUCUGAAUCUGAGUCACUUAGCUUGGUCUGGUAGAGAGACUGUUUCCUCCCUGCUUGCCAUAUGCUUAUUAAUGAGUCCUCAUAUUUCUCUCCAUCAAGGGCUGUUUACUUUGUGGAAAUGCAUGGUGAGAAUCCUUUUUUGCCUCCUCCUCUCGGAUGCCUGGUUUUACACACCUCCUCUUUAAGACACCAAGUGAUCAGCCAGUGCCUCUCCUCCUGUACUUUCUAGCAAACAUAAUGUAAUCAGAGUCACAAAUGACCAAAACAAGCGCUUCAUGCCUGUUUUCUUUAACCGUAAGAUACUGAUGGUCCUAAGUAAACACAGCAAAAAGGCUAUUCUGUAGUAAUCUAACCUUAGCAACCUGUAGUUUUUUUUUCUUAAAGCCUUAGAAAACCCAAUGUCAUGACUUUUUAGUGUGACACAAUGAAAGAAAUACAUACGUAUUCCAAUAUGGAACUGAGCAUUGUUUGAGGCCGAAGCAAUUCAUCGUGGGCUGCUCUGUGCCGCAGCGUCCUGCAAAUUGCAUGACCUGCUUGUUAGGCUUGACAACAGUGUUUUACCUAACAAAAGCCUCUGCAUCGCCGAGCAGCAGUGGAAUGUCAGAGCCAGCCGGUUUCACACACAGAUGUGCACCAUAAUAGCCUCUAAGAAGACGCAUGUGGCGGGAGCAGAGGGUGGGGGCUGGGGCUGGGAGUGGCGCGGUGCACGCGGGCUGGGGGCUGGCGGCGGGAGGGGGAGGCCCACAGUUAGCAGUAGGGACAUGGCCCCGCUGACCACAUUUAAUCAGCCCUCUGUAAACAAUUCAACAUUUUCAUUGUUCUCUAAAAACUAAUAAAGAGAAACAAGCACUUUUCAUUCAUCUUGAAGUAAUUUUCUGUCAGGUUGGAGCCCCUCGCGGCCUCCAGCUUGUGCAAUGCUAGCUGUGUGAUACAACAACGAUCGCAAUUUAUACAAACUCUGGUCAUUCACAUGUCAGUUAGUGUUCACCAAGCCGGCAUCUGAAAUUGUGCAGUUAACGAGUUUUACAACAUUUCUAUCAAGAGAAACUGUUUAGCAUAACUGACUCUUAAGGAGUUAUUAUACCUCUAAAAAUCCAUUUUAAGGGGCAUUAUUUAAAUAAAAUAGAAAAACGGUUCACUGCCUUUUAAAGGGGCUACAAAAAAAGUCCAUCAGCUCCAGCGCAGUAAUCCUCAGCUUAAAGCACUCUUGAGAGUACUUCUGGGAAUUGUCAGCAUAAUGAAAUGUUUUGUGAAAUGUCCAGAUAGAUUCCUCUCCUCAACAAUUUUACUGCACCAUAUUUAUUUUCCUUCCAGUUUUUAAAAAAGUGAAUUACUUUUGGAGAGGAUGACUCUGCGUUGUAUAGAUUAACUGAACACAUUAUUGCCAAGGUGGUGGCAGCCCCAGAGGUGCCGUUUGGGGUGUCAUCUAUAGGCAUCCGCAGAGAGGAGCAAAGAGAAAGUGCUCCCUCCACUCGGCACUUGAUUCCAAAAGGUUAAUCAGACAGCAUUCUACAGAAUUUAGCGUUUUUUCUGUGCUACCUAUUUCUCAAACAUUUAAACACCUCUGUACACAAUGGCGCCUGCAAGUAGUUUCUUUAAACUUCACAAGCAGAUGCUGUUUUCUUAUCCUCAGUAAAUAAAUGCAAGAAGCCCCCUACACGUGUGCACAGACACACGCAAAAUAAUGCAUGUCCUUUAAAUCUGGACCAUUUUAAUGGGAAAUGCUAUGGAACAUUUUACUUAAAGAAGAGCAGAUUCCUCACGUUGACUGGGACGCUCAAUGACCCAAAGCAAUGCCUGGCUAGAGCCUAUCGUGGUGGCCUAGUACAGUACAGCAUCAGAUUCAUUUAACAUAUUCUCUUAUACUAUCUUGCCAGAGUAGAAGUCCGCAAUUGUCAUAGAAAUAGCUUACUGGUUCUUUCUAAGAUGAGCAGGACUGUAACUAGAGGUAUUUCGUACCCUUUGGAGAUACAUCUAACACUUUCGUUUUGCUACAAAUGGCUCCCUAAUUUCUGAGAGUGAUGUUUGUGCAUGCAGCAUUAAUUUUCUAAGGGAGAUGGGCAGGUGUGCUUGUGCCUGCUAGCUCUAUCUGCCUGUAAGAAGCACAGUAACAUCCAUGAACCAAACACAAUUUGACGCAAUUCACGGCUUUAUUACCUCCUACAGAAUGGCAUUAUUUCCUGCUGGUACACUAAUGUUUCUAGCAUGAUACUGUCAUUCCUGGAAAUUUUAUCUUCUGAAGUUCAGAUGUUGAGGAAUGAAUUUUAAAAUUUUCUUAUGUGCCUUAGAUUUGGGACAAAUGCAAUUUAGUCCAUGAUCUGCUUUUUUUUUUUCUUAGUUGUUUUCCAUUAGGAAAAACUUUAAAAAUUUAGUGGCACUUCCUACUCAGAUAAUGAGCAAAGAUCGUGUCUGAAUACUCUCACCUCUCUCUUUUUCUCUUUCUCUCUCUGUCUCUUAACCAAAGAAAUUUCUUCUAAUCUAUUUCUAGUUUUGCAAAUAAUGUUUAUGUGACUUAUGCCAGACUUCACUAUUUUUUCUCCUGAUGUAAAAUCCAGAGAUGUUGAUCAAAAUUCUAUUUCAAUGAAUGCAACUUGAACGUAUUGGCAUGGUAGAUCUUUCCAAAUACCCCAACACACAGAACAGGAUAAGACAGAAUGUAUUAGUUUCUUAUUGCUGUCAUAACAAAUCAUGUUUAAAACAACACAAUUUAGUGGUUUAAAACAACACAAAUGCACUAUCUUACAGUUCAGUAGUUCAGAAGUCUCCCUGGCUUAAACUACUGGUCAACAGAGUUGCAUUUUCCUCAGGCUGUAAGCAAGAAUUCCCUUCCUGCCUUCCUUGCUUUUAGAGGCUACCAGCCAGUGGCUGCUGACUAGUGGCCUCUUUGUUCACAUCAACACUUGCAGUGACAGAGCAAGUCCUUCUCACAGGGCAUCUGUCUUACCCUCUUCUGUCUCUCCCUCUGAAUCCAGUUAGACAGUGAUCCUGAUUUUUAAGGACUUACAUGAUUAAAUUGACCAAGGAAUCUAGAAUAAUCACUCCAUAUGAAGGCCCAGCCCUUAAAUCAUAUUUGCAAGUAUCUUUGGCCACCCAAGAUACCGUAUUCACAGGUUCUGGGACUUUGGAUGUGGACAUCUUUGGAGGACCACCUGUCAUCUCUCCACAGAGCCUCUGAGAGGUCUUCUCAAUACCAAUGUUUGUAGGAUUAAUAAUCCUACAAGCCCAAUAAUCUCCAAACAUUAACAAUCAUGCACAAACAUAGUUUAAAAUUUUAGACUGUUCACUCUGAUCUGUGUAAAUUUCUUUCUAAAUUAUGCUAUUACCUUUUUGUUGUUGUUGUUGUUGUUUAUAGUACUGAGGAUCGAAUCCUGAACUUUCACAGUGACCUAUAUUGGCAGCCUCUUCUAUAUUUUUUAUAUGGAGACAGAGUCUUACUAAGUUUCUAGGCUGUGUAGACUGGGUUCACUCUUGUAGUUCUUCCGACAACCUCCCAUAAUGUGGGAAUUACAAGAACAAAUCUUCAUCUCUUUUUAGUACAUAUAAAGGAAUAUAAACCAAUCUUCUAGUAGUUUUUUAUUUUUGCACCUUACGCAUCAUCUUAUGCUGCCCUUAGUGUAUGAUGAGCACUUUGUUUUGGAGAAGGAGAAAGAACGAAGUCAGGGUUAACCUGUGUAAAUAGAGCUCUUCAUUCUUUGAGACAUCCAACGCUUCAAGAUGAGGACUAGAGUGUAAAAGUUUUCCAGUAACCCCUGGUAUUUUCUGAAAGCAAGGAAAAAGGGUACUUUUUUUUUUUUUUUUUGCAUACAUCCUUAUCACCAUUUGUAGUUUCAGGGUGUAACACACCCAAACUUUCCUGAAAGUGGUAAGUUAUGGACGUGUAAGACAAAUGUUAUUUUAUGAAAAACUACAAAGAGUUUUUCAGAAAACUCCCAAACAUGAGUUAGCUAUUUGCCUACACUAAGGUCAUCUCUCAUCAGAAUGGCUGUUUCUGUCACUUCACUUGAAAAACCCCAGAAACAAAUAACCCAAUGACCCUUUAAAACCCCAGAAGAAAGAGCUGCGUGAAACUGAGCGGAGAGGGAAAGGCAUGCUGCUAAUUCACUCUAAAUCACAAUUUUCCCCUCUAACAAACAUCUACAUGACAUCAGCCACUCUCCAGCUCCUUGCCAUGUAGGCUUCUUGCACUGUAGAAAAACCAGCAACCGUAACACAAGCUGAUGCUAAAGUCUCCUUGAGUUACAUUUUGGGAUGUUUUAGGAAUAGUCACUCUCAAAAAAUGGUUUCUUGCUAAGACAUGCUGACACACCUCUGAAAUCAAAAAGAGCUUUCAGUGGGGGAAUAAAUGUAGGCUGCCACAAAAAUGUGUAUCAAUUACAAAAUAAGUCAAUGAGUGUUUGCCAACUGCCAUCGGGAUCCCGCAGGCAGCCUGGGCAGUGUAUUUUUAUUCUAUUUGCCCCAGGCCACUUUCAUUCACUUCCUGAAAGGUGGACAGCCAGGCUUCUCAAAUCCUUCACUGAUAGUUUCCAUCAAUGAUCUCAAAAUGGAACGGAUAACACACCAGUGACUACUGUACAAAGAUGCUUAACACUACUGCCGAAUUCCCCCACUGCAACCCUAUCCAGGGAUUAGCAACAAUAGGGAAUCUGUUUUAUUUGCAUUUAAUUCGUACCUUCACACUAUUAUCUCCUAUGUUUUAGUUUCAGGAAAUGUGGUCUCAGGCUAUUAUAACCACAUUUCAUGCUGCUGUUGCACUGUUAUUUGAUCUCUCUGGUCGGAAAUGCCUUAGUGAAAAAAUAAAGCUAGCAUACUUUAUUUUAAUUAUGCCAGUGCAGUGUCUAAAUAAAAAAUGUGCUUUAUAUUUAAUGUGGAGCACAGAUUAACAGUUUUAUGGGACAUAAAAUCUAUCUAUAUCAUUUUCUGUUUCCACAUCAGUUAUAUAUCUUUUUUUCUGUGGAACAAAUGCCUUUGGUCUGAAUAGGAGAAAGCAGAGCAACGAAGUUGCAAUCACAUGGGCAGUAAAUAACAUCUUAAUUGGUUUGGAAUGCUGGAGUUUGAUUUUUUCUCCGCCUGGCUUUUAUUUAUUGAUCUCUAUAGCUUAUUUAUCUUUCUAGUGAUUUGUACAAGUCUAUCUCCUUUCCUCAAUGAGCCUAUGCUGGCUUUAUGUUGCAAAUCCCACCUGGGGAAAUGGUGUGGUGGAGAACGGCAGUUGCUCCCGAUAAAACCAUUAUUUAAAAGCUUUUGGAGAGGUAAAGGGUAACUUUUCAGUGUUUAUACUUUGUCUUCUGGAAAAACAAGAAGAAAAGAAGAAAUGUAGCUAUUAGGAAGUUGCCACCUACUAUAUAUCGCAACCAUUCUUUACUAUCCUCCUGUUUGGCAGCAAUAAGAAAACAAAGAAGGAUUUAAGGUUCACUGGGAAAUGUCUUUUAAAUGCUCCUGUAUAUGAUUUAGCACCUACUGAAGAAGAGAGACAGAAAUGGAUUGUGUGUAUCUAAUACCUCAUAUGUAAACCUUGGCUUUUCUUCUGUACCCAUUUCUAAAGCUUCAUUCCUAAUAUAUAUAUAUAUAUAUAUAUAUAUAUAUAUAUAUAUAUAUAUUUAAAUAGCACUUUAGGAUAAAGUACACUUUUAAAUGACAUAUUAUGAUCUGUGGUAUAGUUGAGAACCAGCAAAUGUAACCAUUCUCAAGGAAUAAGCUGGCAGAAAUUCUAAUACUUUCUCUAGUACUUAGAUAUCCACAGCUGAAGUCAAUCCUGGAAAAUUAGUGAUUCUGUACCCCUCCUUCAGGAUCAAUGAUUCUCAGGUUCUUUGUCAAAUUGUCACUUGAAGUGUCUAUCCUGAUGCUCUCUGGUUGUCUUGAUCUCGUUGGGCUGUUAGAGGAGAGCUCCAAAUAUUUCUUCUGUUGAUGCUGGGGAAGAAAUAAGUUUACCAAUUGCAUUGCUUUACUUAUGUUAUACACAUGAUACUUUGCAAAAUGAUUCUAAAAAACACAUUCCAGAGAAGAGACUCCGAUAUCCCCUCAUCACUCUAAUGUAACCUUAAGUGCUUUGAAAUGAGCUAAUGAAACUUUUGGGCAGGCCUUUUAAGACAGUACAUUUGCAUUUGAUAUAAUUAGUGGUAGGCAGAUCUCACUACAUCCAGGGGGAAUCUUGAGACGACUGCUUUGUCGACUAUUAGUGCCUAAUUUCUGAAUGUCAAACCCUGAACAUCUUAAUUUCUAGAGAAUAAGCUCAAUUGAACUUGCUCCCCAGUUAUGCAAAAACUGCUCAGAUAAAACCAAGUGGACACCAAUGUAAUGAAUGUGGUUAUUAAAUUGUUUCAAUUGAAAGAACCCUAUUCUUACACCAUCAUAAUGGGAACAAUUUAUCCCUACUGAUCGGCCUGUCUCUCUCUUUCUCUCUCUCUCUCUCUCUUUCUGAGCUCUCUUUGAUCUUGAAGCAUAUUGCGGUGGUGUGUCCUAUUGAAAAGCGAAACUGGGGCAAUUUUAAUGCUUUUGUACCUUACCAGUGCUCUAUUUUUUCUCUGUUUAAAAAUAGCUGUUAAUUAUAAGUGCAGUUUAAAUGUCUCAAGUGACCCAGAAAUGCAGGUUGGAAUGAGACAGAUUGUGUGUCUCAUAUAAAACAGAUGUACUUUCUCAGAGCAUUCUGAAUUCAGCCUUUGCUCUGCAUCCUCUUCUUGGGUUGUUUCAAUCAGAUAUUGAGCUAGUUUUAGCACAAUGCUAUAAAAUCUCAUACAUUUGAACAAGAAACAACAAAAAUUUAUAUAUAUAUAUAUAUAUAUAUAUAUAUAUAUAUAUGUAUUCCCCCACAAAGAAAAGCCUUUAUUGUCUAUUAGCCAUUAUGGGUGGUUGUGGGUGAGUGGGUGCUGGGUGCUGUAGGUGUGAUAGGUAAAGCCCAUAUGGCUUUCUAGAACUGCAUCUUGCUGUCUUGUGGUUCAGAAGACUCUGUUAACAGAGUACUGUAGUGGUGUAAACGUAUCUCCUGAGGUCCUUCUUUAUCUUAAUUUAAUAGUGCACAAAACCAAAUUAACCUCCUGCUAAUUUUCAAACACCUUUGACUCCACACCAGUUUCAGAAGCUUGUGUUUUUACUCCUGGAUAUCACUAGGCCCUGGAGAUGGUGACAUCGCUGGUGGUGAUUCAGGUAUGGAGGCUUUGACAUGCUCCAUGCUAACUUAGUAAAAUCACACCAGUUUAUUCUGAAAAAGUACUUAGCCAAUUAUGUUUGUUUGUAGACACUUCUGUGUCUUUGAAGGUACUUUUAGCCCAUUCAGAUCUAAGAAUUGACAUCAGAUUUAAGUUUAGAACAGAACACAUUCCAGUGGUUAGAUAACCCUGCUCAAGUCCUGUCAGAUCUUUGAUACAUACUCCAAACAUCAUGAAUCCUAAAAGGUGGACAGUAAGGGAACUCAGGACUCAUCAGCACUUCUGCUCUACAUGGAAUCAGCUCUUGCGAGUCCUUGACCAGCAGAGAGGAGAUAUCUAAGACAGCAGAACAGUUUGUGUUGACUUCCAUCUGCUUCUAACCAGAAGUGCCCACCAGGAGUUCUCUAUAGCCACUAUAGUGACCCUAAAUACAGAAUGGUGAAGGCUUAGGGGUCCAUUUUUCAAGUUCUUUCUAGAAAACUUAUAGAUAUUUAAGUCAAAUUCUAAGUAUAGGCACUGAUGUGAAUAUUUUUAUAGCUAGUUUUCUAUUCUAACCCAUAAUUUUAAUGUAACUGGUGUUCAGUUAAAUUUUCUACUAUUCCCAGUGAUAUUUGUUUUACUUAGUGUUUAUAAUCUUAUUAGUGACAAUCUGUAGUAGUUGAGCUCUGGUGUCAUUCUAAGCCCAUGGCUUAUCUUUUUUCCCCCUCCUUGUAUUAUUUAAUUUUUAUCAGUAUAUGUUUGAGUACAGAAUGAUUACUUAUCAUGGGGAGUUUGUACAUGUACAUAACACAUCUUUAUUCAUUUUUUGGUCCCCCUUUCUCUCCCAAAGUAUAAAGACAAAAUAAAAGACACAUAAUAGGAAGCAGGAGAUUUUUUCAAAUAAGAAAGGGAACAAAAGAUGGAGGGAGGGAGGGAGGGAAGAGAAAAGCUGAUGAUUUAUCUUGACAAGGAAAGUAUUUUAUCAGGACAUCUUAAUGGAAUCUGUCACAGAGAAACGAUGUAAAAAAAUUCUAACGAUUCUUUAAAUCCAUACCAUAUAUACACAUUCUAUGCACUAAGAUACAUUUCUAUUGCUAUUAGAAGAACAACGAUGCAUUUAUAGACACAUACUACUUAUACUACUGCUAAGUGGAGUUAACUGGGACAGAGAACCAGCUGGUGUAUGUGAUGAAGGGAGAUGGAAAUGUCUUAGAGCCCAGUGACACUCUAGAAGGAGAAAAAACCAGCAUCACCUUUAGUGCACAGAUAGCUACGGGUGAUACUGAACAGACACUGGGACAUUCGGGGUAGAUGCUGGGUGGAUAGAUGAGCUAGCCUGGACUACCAGGUUUUGAGCAGGUCAGAAUGCUGAAGUGGGAAUGUCCAGUGUGAAAGCUGGGUGUUAAAAUGAUCUGUGACAGGAAAAAAAAAAAAAAAAAAAAAAAAAAAAAAAAAAAAAAAAAGAAUGAGGGAGAAAGCCAGGAACUGGCAGCCAGGUAGACAUGUAGGCCAGAGGGAGCUGCAAAUUCCAGACCUCUGAAUGAGGAAGUAGUCCAAUAUCAGGCAAUUGCCAGUAGCCAGGUGUCUGGAGACUGGAGAGGAAUGACCAAACACGCAAAAGCUCAGGUGUAAGGCUUUGGAAACAAGCGAGGACUGUGAUGGAUGAGGCAGCUUUCCUGCUUCAGGUGCCAGAGAAAGGGAGAGACCUCAGCCAGAUGGACCCAGGAGGAGGAAACAGGUGAAGGAACUGAAUGUGGGCUUUGCUGAAGGGAAGGCUGAAUUCUGGCAGGCGGAUGUUGACUACUAGUGUGCCUGGGAGUCUUCACAACUACUUACUAACUUUAUUCGCCCAUCUCAGUCACCCAGACAAUCCAUGUCCUAAAAACUCUGAAGAAAUUUUUCAGGCAUAACCUGUUUCAAGACUUUUCUCAGACACACCAUCUGAUCUGAAGGCCGGAAGGCUCUAUGUCAGGAUAAACACAAAGGCUAUUGUGGAAUAAAGAGGUGCUCUGAACUUUCCCCUCAUUUGUGUUUUCUUGAGUAAUUCCCAUCAUUUUUAUAAGAAUUUGUGUAUAUGUUUGUUAAAUGAUACAGUGGAAAGAAGACUUCUGAAUCAGACUGAUGCGUACGUAAACCUUAAAUUUUCUUUUAUCUCACAGAUCCAUUACUUGAUCCAAUGAGUUACAUUUUAGAACCACAGUUAUCUUCAGUAAAAAAACAGAUAAUAAGACCAAAAUGGGUAUUUCGCUCUCUUCCAUACCAUUGAGAGAACUAGCUGUCUGCUCUCUAGGAGGAAAGGAAAGGAGGAAGUUUUUGUCUUCUUUCUGUCUCCCUGUUCCAUCUACUUGCUUGGUCUCUCCUCUUCCUCUUUCUUUUUCCCACGCUGAAUGCAAGUGUAUGAGCUUGUUAAGAGUACGUGUUCUUCUUGUGAAGGAAGUUUUCCUUGUAGAGAGAUGCAUUAAAAAGCCCAUUUGACAGACGAUCUAAAUCACAUUAUCUAAUUUUGUUUUUCAGGGUCAAGACUGAUAUUUUAAUCUACAUUGGGCCAUCCUGACAUCUUAUUUCUCAGCUGAAUCUCCACUCAAGUUGCCAGUGAACAAUACCAAUAAACAACAUGGACAGCUAUGCCUCCAGAGCUAUGAAACCUGGAAAUCCUAACUGAAGCUCUGAACACUGUGCCUGGCAAAUAGUGCUAAUUUAAUAAAUGGAAGUAAAUAAUAA